AUGGAAAUAAGGAAGAGGCAGAAGAGUUCACCCUAUUGGCUAUCAGCAGUUUUGGUUACAGAGCAGCUUCUCAUAUCAGAUUCAAGGUGAGCAUUCUCAGGACUGAGGAAAUACUCUUGCCCCCACCCUCCAACUCAAAGAGAAGGAAUUUUAUAAUCGAGAUAAAUUUAUUGCAGUUUCCCCACCAUGUAGCUAGGAUGAUCAGGUGCAAACAGAGAACAGGGCUCGUGCAAUGUUAGCAGUUGUUUCUUGCCAUGCAAACUACACCUGCUGAAAUUGCUUCCUCCAUAAGCAACUAUUAAAGGUGCAGGAGCCCCUGUCUUCUUUGGCAUACUGAAACCAACAUUAAUUAUGCACAAAAUAACAUUUUUUAAGCAACGUUUCAGUAGUUUUCUUUUUGAAGCAACUUUAGGACAAUUUAUUAUAAAUUUUAUUUUUAAAGCUUCGAGGGCUACUUUUUUAAAAGCAAAUACUGAUGAAUUGUAAUGCAAUAAUGCUAAGUUUCAGUUUGAAAAUGUCAAUGCUUGUGCACCUUGUUCUUCCAACCACCACCCCUGAAACUUCUUAACAUCAAAAGGGAUUCACAAUUGGGAAUGAUGUGACAGGGAGGAAGGAAGGCGGACAUAAAUUAGAGCUGUCACCUGUCUUGCACCACAUUUAUUUCAUUCAGAUUGCAGCCUUUCUCCCAAAUAAGUAUGCAUAGGUUUGCAUCCUUAACUGAUUAAUAGCAGGAGGUUUUGUCAAUUGAGUAAUAAGUUGAUUCAAUUUGAAUAUGUGGCAAAAUAGUAGUUCUGAAGCAGGGGGAAAAACAUGUUUUAUCCAUGCAGCUGUUGUAUUAGAAGAGAUUUUCCUUUCUGGGUGAAAGGAACAGGGAUUGCCUCUUCUUGCCACCAACAAGAAGUAUUUGUAUUAAAAAGUCAAUGUGCAGUUGACCUAGGACUGGGGAACCUAGGGUUCAAAUUCCCAUUUGGCCAUGGUUGUUUGGCUGGUCUCUAUUUCUCAACCUAACCUACCUCAUGUUAUUGCAGCCAGGAUAAAAUAGGAGGGGUUUUUUUGGGGGGGGAGACUACAUACAGAACAUCACCUCGAGCUCCUUGGAGGAAAGGGAGCAUAAUAUAAAUUGAAGCAAGCAUGAAACCAACAAGUAAAGAUGAUAAUACUUCUUUUAAACAAAACUGCCAGGUUAAUCAGGGCUACUUGUUUUUUAGUUGGUCCAAAAGUUUUUAAUCAAUCUAAACCAUGGCUUGGGAAGAGCUGCUGCUCACCCCUUCCGAGGUAGACUGGGGCUGAUGAUGCUAGGAACCCAACAACAAAGUAGUUGCUGGUUCAUUUCUAGGCCCAAUUCAAGGUGCUCACAUUAGUGUUUAAAGCCUGAAAUGACUUGAGGCCCCAAAUACCUGAAAGAGUGCCUCCUUUUGGGUGUUAGGCUGUACUGUUGGUUCCACCAACCUCAGAAGCUCAGGGAUGUGUGUGUUUGUAGUCUGCAGCAGCCCCUCGGUUGCGGAACUCCAUCCCCACAGAGGUGCAUCUGGCCUCCUCAUUAUACAACGAUUGCUGGAGACACAUCUCUUCACCCUGGCUUUUGACACCUGAGUUGUAUACUGUUAGAACCCACCUUUCUUCUGUGAUAGUUGUGUUAAACCUUUUUUAACAUUGUGUUUCACCUUAGGCUGAAGGGUGGGAUGAUGACGUUGAUGAUAGUAAUAGUAAUAGUAAUAAUAAUAAUAAUAAAUAAAUAAAUUAAAUAAAUAAAUAAAUAAAUAGAAAGACAUGGGUUUUCCCAUCCCCAAUCUAAUGCAAAUGUUGCAGUCCUUAUAGAAAUCGUUGCAAGCCAGUUCAAGUUAGGAAAAUUUCCCUGCAAAUCCACACACAAAUCAUAUCCUCUCUCUGGACUUCUAAAUCUCCUUCACAUUACUUUCCCAGUUUGUUUCAGUAGUAUAUUUAUAGUAUUAUUAUGUUUGAUUCUUGUGCGUCUCCCAAUCUUCCACUGAAGAGCUCCAAGUGCCUUAGGAGAACAGAAAGCUGCCUUAGACCGGUUCACACUAUUUGUACAUCUAGACCUUUUAGUCAAUCCUUUACUUACUUGGUGCCCUCCAGAAGUUUUGGUCUACAGCAGUGAUGGCCAAUCUUGGCCCUCCAUCUGUUUUGGGACUACAAUUCCCAUCAUCCCUGACCACUGGUCCUAUUAGUAAGGAAUGGUGGGAGUUGUAGUCCCAAAACAGCUGGAGGGCCAAGUUUGGCCAUCACUGGUCUACAGCUUCCAUUAGCCUCAGCCAGCAGAGCCGUGUCAGCUACGGGAAGGCAAAGUUACCUGUUUGUUUAUACUCCAUUUCUGCUAAUACGUUGAAGGCGGUUUCCAAUUCAAAGUGACAGCUGGUAAUCUAAUAGGCAUGAUACAAAAGGAGCAUGUGUUGAGAAAGGAAGAGGAGAUUAAGCAAAUUCAGGCCCGGUUUCAAGCAAAAUGUUAGCUCAAAGCUCCAUAAUGACAAGGCAGAAGGUGGCCACUGUGCAAGGUAGUUCUGGGAGGCAAGGAGACAAAUAGCCAUUGGUCCAAGCUGACUUCAAUGGAGCUGCUUUCUCUCUUCCUCUCUGACAGCCAGGUCAAUGGUUGUGCCUUUGUAAGGGUUAUGGGAAUGAGUGGGAGCGAGUGGAUCCUGAGGCAGUGUUUACUUGCACAAUGGUCCAAGAGCCUAUUCUGAUUCAGUGCCUCAGGGGAAGAUAUGAACAUAGGAAGUUUCCUUUAGAAUGUGCAUGUUAUUUAUGCACAUUUGCAGUGGUUUUCCAGGGUUUCAGACAGGAGACUUUGCCAAUCCUACCUGGAGAUGCCAAGGAUUAAACAUGGGACCUUCUGCAUGCAGCCUCUAACUCUAACCACUGAGAUACAUCAGCUCCCAAGAUGAGAGGGUGAUAUUUUUUGGCUUUUUGGAUAUGUGAGGAUUCUUUAACUUAAGACCCUUGUGUGCAUUGGGGGAUAACCAACAUGCCCUCCAGGUGUUGUUGGACUACAUCUCAUCAUCAUUCUUGACCAUUGGCCCUGCUGGCUGGGACUGAUGGGAGUUGUAGUCUAAUAACAUUUGGAGGGUUCCAGGUUGACCACCCCUGAUUUUACACAAUAGAACUGUGCACAGGGAUAACACUUGAUUCUUGGACAGGCUGAGUUCUGCCUAGGGAUGCUGUGCCAAAACCACACAGAACCCAGGACGGAUCUGUGCUCAUCCUAAAGCCAAGCUGGAGUCUAGCAAGGGUGAUGAUUCCAUGAUCCAAACCCAAUAUUGUUUCAGAGCUUCAUAUCACCAAUGUAGACCAUCUUGGGCUUUAUUCGUCAUAUAUCUCCCCUCCAAUUUCGCAGGACGGCGCUAGGUCAGCUGUAGGGGAACCUGAAAUUGCGAAAAGACCUGUGUUAUUUGUCAAGGGCAGCCCAAGACAUUAUACUCCCUGAGGCUAGAAAUAAGACGGUUGGCCCACCAAUUUUGAAUACAGAAGCCAACUGGAUUGUCAGUCAAAUCACUUCCGACACUUCAAUCAGUUCAAUAUUGGCGACAGGACAGUGGCCCUCUACUGCAUCUGGAGGCAUGCAAUUGUACCCUUCCAGACAUUGACACCAAUGCUCACCUCCUAGCACCUGCUUCCUGAGGUGGCUUGCCAACUCUACCUAAUGACAGGGCCGGCACUUGUGUUUUCCUGUUGUUAAUUUCCUGCAGUUACUUCAUAUAUAAAAAAUAAUUGCUGUUGGGAUUCUGACUGACUCAAGUGGCUCUUGUUCCACAAAUGUAUGCUUUCAGUGCUUAACUUGAUGAUGAUGAUAAUUAAUGAUGAAUAACCAGAAACAGAGCUAUAUUCAUCCCCCAUCCACACUAGCAAAUCUUACGAAAACUACUAGGGAUGUGGGAGGGAUUAGGUUUGGAUGACUCCAUGAUUUGCAUGUCCCGGAGAAAUGUGUGAAUUGAAAUGCAGCUGUGCUUCGAAACCCGCCCUUUCCCGAAAUUUGCGAUGCAGUUCUCCAACCAAAUAAUGCAUACAAAACUGAGGGGGUAGUGCAUAUAAUAGUGAAAAUAACAUACAACAAAUGCAUUAUGUUAGGGGAAAUUUACUGCAGAAAUAUCUAGAGAAAUUCAUGCUAAAAUGCAGAAUUGUGAACAAUUGUGCUUAAGAUUGGAAAAAUGAAUAACCAAGAGAAACUGAGAUUCUCCCUUCCCCACGCUGACUGGGGGAGGGGGAAAUGGGUACCCUCAAGAAGAGGCUGCAUGAAGUGUACCCUAACUGCUUCAUAAAGCCCACCCUAAUCCUAAACAAUGUUUCAUUGGAAGUAAAUCCUGCUUUUUUCGGUGGGGUGGAAUCCCAGAUAAGUGGAGCCUAAGACUGAAGUCCGUAAUGGUUUAUACGAAUGUUUGUGAUCAUAGAACCAGAUUGGAGCAUGGGUGAAAAAUCCAUUCAGUUUUUGUUUUGGGGGUUUUGGAUGAAAAUGCGCUCCAUCUCCUGUGGUUAAAAAUGUGUAUCUGCAUGUAUGUUUGUUUAUUGAAGGAUGAUUUUGGAAUUGCCACAAUUCAAAAUUUGGUAGAAAGUAACUCCAUUUCUCCCUUGCACACGGACCUCUCUUCCCUGUUUCCUUUUUUUAAAAAAACACCCUCACAGAUUUUGGCACUGGUGCUUGGACAUUUUUUGUUUUGUUUUUUUAAUAAAUAAAAUUUGUAUUUGUAACGUCAAAAUAUUAUUUCUCUCUUUCUUCUGUAACUCUAACACGUCAAAUAUGUUUGAUUUAACAAUAGCUGUUUGAAUUUUGUGUAUUUUUCUGAUUUUGUGCAGUUGAACUGAUUAAAAUGGGUGAUUUUUUUCACUCCCCCUUCAGAUUCUUCUGUCUCCAGCUGUGCCAAAUGCAGGAUUUUAAAUUUAAUUUUGAACACUCAUCAGGGUCAUCUUUCCUCAUUCAAGAAGGGAUGGGACACCUUUUUUUCUCUGAGGCUCAAGGGCCUCAGGAUUAAUCCUCUCAUGAAUUAAUGCAUUAGCUAUUGAUGACUACUAGUCACAAAAAUGGCUUGUCUACACAGUCUGAAGCAGUCGUGCUUCUGAAUAUCAGUUGCUGGAAACUGCAUUUUUGUGUUUUUAUAUUGUAAACUGCCCUGUGAUCCUCAGAUGAAGGGCAGUAUAGAAAUGAAGUACAGUGGUACCUCAGGUUACAUACGCUUCAGGUUACAUACGCUUCAGGUUUCAGAAUCCGCUAACCCAGAAAUAGUGCUUCAGGUUAAGAACUUUACUUCAGGAUGAGAACAGAAAUUGUGCUCCGGCGGCACGGCAGCAGCAGGAGGCCCCUUUAGCUAAAGUGGUGCUUCAGGUUAAGAACAGUUUCAGGUUAAGAACAGACCUCCGGAACGAAUUAAGUACUUAACCCGAGGUACCACUGUAUAUAAAUAAAUAAGAUGUGCUCGUAGAGUUAUAGAAUCAGUUCCCACAUGCAUAGAAAUGAGUUCUCAGUCCUUCCAUACAAAAAAUCUACUUCUGGUUUUCCCAACUCCAUGCUUGCUUUGUUUUAGAAGCACAUUUAAUGUAUAUGUAGGGGGUCAGGAUAGGGCAGGGAGAAGCCUACUGUUGAACAAUUGGGUUCCACAAACCGGUCAGUAGAGCACGAGACUCUUAAUCUCAUGGUCACAAAUUUGAAUCCCAAAUUGGGCAAAAGAUUCCUGCAUUGCAGGGGUGGACUAGUCACUAGAUGACUCUUGUGGUCCCUUCCAACACUACAAAUCUUAUGUUGUGCAGAAUUUACCUGUAAAGCCCUGCUCAUCUACAUGAUCCUGCCAGACUUUGAUGGACAUGGCAAACUUGCAGUGUGACAUCCUGGCUAUAUCUUUGCAAUGUGAAAAGUAGCCAAGAUGGGGAAUUAUCCCUGGAAAACGUGUAGGGAAGCAGGAACCUCUGGAUAACCUUCCUCCUUCUGUCACUUAUUUCUGGCAGCUACUUAGCCAUCAGGCUUGAACUUACUCAGAUUUUAUUACAUUUUAAUCUCUCCCUAAAGAGUUCCUCUCAUGGUGCUUCUGGACCUGCUGCACUUGGAAGGUAAAAAUGGCCUCUGCCAAUUCUAUCCACUGAUACAAGGCAAUAGCUUUGUCUAUACACACCCACCCACCUACAAAAUAUUUAUUAUACAAUACAGUUGCAGCAAAGACAAGAACACAGCACUAAGCCCGUAUCUGCCAUUUGUGCCUCAGUUACUGCAGUGAGAUCUAUAGGGCAGGGUUGAUGAACUUUUUCCCCAGACUGAGGGCCAUACUCCCUCUUAGGCAACCUCGCAGGGGCCACAUGCAAGUUGUGGGCAAGGCCAGAGGCAAAAAUGGAUAGAGCAAUAAACAUAAAAGUUACUUUUGUACUGAAUUGUUCAAAAUUAUUAGUAUUCGUCACAUUUUUUAAUCCAACAUUUCCACCGAGGAGCUCAAGGUGACAUUCAUGGUUGUCUUCCUCUCCGUUUUAUCCUCACCACAACCCUGAGGUAGGUUCAGUGGCGAAGCUUCAGGUGCUAGUCUCUCAGGUGCUAGUCAGAAACUCUAACCACUACACCAUGCAGACUCCAUUGUUAUUCAUAUUUUCAGACAUCUGACCAUACAGUUCGACACAAUAGGAAUGACAAAUGAGGAGUGCUUCAGUCAGUUCCAGGAAAAUGCUGACAUCAGUUGUGUUUAAUUUUGAAAAGCGGCCAAAGUUUUCCCUGAGAGCCUGGAGAGUUAUACCUAUGUUCUUUAGGUGCCUAAUAAGUAGCCCAACUUGACCUCCAAGCCAUGGUCCUUGGAGGAGCAGCCAUAGCUAUGUGGUGGAACAGCAUUCUUCGACUUUGGCCCCACAGAUGUUGCUGGUUUUCCAGAUCCUCAUUCAGUUUGCCCAAUGGUUAGGAGCGAUAGGAGCUGUAGUCUAACCAACACAAAGGAGAAGGUCUUCAAAAGGAACAACAGACAAGAUCACAAAGACUGUAGAAAUAAUGAAAAUGGCAUGGAAAUUAUUUAUAUGUAGGAAAAGCAAGACUGCAUGUAAAAUGAGAGAGAGAGAGAGUGUUAACCACUGUAGUCUAACAAUCACCACCUUUAUCUCCAAAACUCAAAUUAUUCUAUUGUUAUGAUGACAGCUCCUGCACUGCAUCCUGUUCUAUGCUUCAUCAGAGCAAAAUGGAGAAUCUCUCACAAUGGCAGCUGUAGCUCCUCUUCUUUGACUUUUCAGAUCUGUGUUAAUCUUUGUUCAUCUUAAGUAAUAUAUAAUGCAAUAAAUAAUGAGUGACAUUAUUUGAGAAAUUGUCCAUUUUGUUCUGAUGAAGCACAAAACAGGAUGCAAUCCCGGAGACCUCAUAACAAUAUACAGUGGUACCUCAGGUUACAUACACUUCAGGUUACAGACUCUGCUAACCCAGAAAUAGUACCUCAGGUUAAUAACUUUGCUUCAGGAUGAGAACAGAAAUCGUGCUCUGGUGGCGCGGCAGCAGCAGGAGGCCCCAUUAGCUAAAGUGGUGCUUCAGGUUAAGAACAGUUUCAGGUUAAGAACGGACCUCCGGAACGAAUUAAGUACUUAACCCGAGGUACCACUGUAUUAAUAAUUUGAGGUGCUUAGAGGAAUUAUUGUAUUAUUACGUAGCUGUUGGCUAAUGCAUUACACACACACACACACACACACACACACAGAAAGUUCUGAAAUAAUUUUGGGGUGUGUGGCUCCUCAAAGUCGAGCAAACAAACUAACAAAAAUGCUUAAGCAAUUCUAGAGUUUGCUGGCCUCUCAGUCAAUGCCCCAACUUUAAAACACAGUAUUAAAAACAAUUUCAAACAACAUAUAUUGAGUAACCGCAAUACAGCAUAUAGCAAUCUAUCAACCUGGUGUGCAGAAACACUUUUAUUUCUUCACCUGGCCACUCAGUAUAAAUUAUUCAGAGAAAAAUAUUUCAGUUUCUUGAUCUUUUAUUUCAAGAAGAAAAUGUACUUUUUCAUUUAAAAACUAUGUAAAACCUUCAAUAAUUAAACAAUGAUAAAAAUGCAAUUGUUGUGUUUGCAGAGGAAAUCAGCCAGGAAUCAUUUCUGUAAUUCGCUUUAAAUUGCAAUCCUAUAUACUCAAGCACCAGGGGAGUAAGCCCCAUUGAACUCACCCUCUUUCUGGACAGACACGCAUAGUAACGCGGCAAUUGUCUUAGUGUUGCUUUGUGUGGACUCCGAUUUUAAAGCGACUGUUUCUUUAACCGCGGUUUAUAAUCACAGGAACUACAAGUCCCAGAAUGCAUCGAGGCAGUGGAAUUGUUCAUAUCCGGUAAAAGGAGUACGUGAUGGGAGCUGUAGUCUACAAUGAUUGCCGUUUGGACCUGUAGGAAUACAUUUCCGGUGGGGACCCUCUUUUGUUUAAAUUGGGUGCUCGACUUUUAUGAAUAAAGUAGCCAAUAUCUUGCACAAGUAACAACAGUGAUUGUCUUAAAAUGAUCCUUGGGAUGGGAGGGAACACGUGCUUGUGCGUUAGAGUACAACAAAGCAUGCAUUUUUUUUAAAGUGAGUCUGAUCAACUCACUAUGCAGAGGUUCGUUUGCUGACUGUAGGAAGCUUCCUUACACUCAGUCGGGACAUUGCUCCAUCUAGCUCAGUAUUGUCUGCACUGACUGGCAGCGGCUCUCCAGGAUUUCAGACAGGACUCUCACCCAGCAGCUAGAGACCCUGGGGCUCGAACCUGCUACUGCUCUACCAGUGAGCUAAGGCCUUUGUCCCUUAGACCAGGGAAAUCCUGGUUGCUUUGGGCUUGAGAGAGCAAAUAUUGUAGUCGGUCAACAAUAGUUUGCAUAUGCUGAUCUAAAUUGCACCUUAAAAGAGAAAACAGCGGUUCUGUCUUUAAGUUCUGCAUGUUUGUUUUGAAGUCCCAUUAAGCUCAUUGAGGCUCAUUCCAAAGUAAGUGUGCAUUGUGUAUUGUCUUCUAAAUGCGACUUUGAAAUGGGAAGUUUACUUUAAUGCCAGAGGGUGCUGCAGAUAAUCUGGAUGUGUAUUUGGCAUCUGUUCCACCAGGAAAGGAUGGGAGUCUGUUGGGUGUUUUUUUAACCUACUUGCAGAUGCUCAUUCUGUAUCUGCUUAAAUGUCUACCGUUGAAGCUGACAAAGCCUUUCCAGCACAAUGCUGGUGAGAGGAGGACAGGUUAGACCGGUUUGCUUACUGAACAAAGGAGCAGCAGCUAAGCAAGGUUAGGGCACACCAAUAGAAAGCCAGGCAGGAUCCGCACAUGCAGAUGGAAAACCUGGCCUAUUGAACAUGUGAAUGGUGUGCAUAUGGGCAGGGAGUAGGUUACAGAACUAUAGCGUCCCAAUCAAGAGAAAUCCUAGUACUGCUAUUUUCUGCCUUGGUUAAACCACACUGGAGUACUGUGUCCAGUUUUGGGCACCACAAUUUAAGAAGGCUAAUGACAAGCUAGGGACUCGGGUUAAACCACAGAGCCUAGGACUUGCCAAUCAGAAGGUCGGCAGUUCGAAUCCCCGUGACGGGGUGAGCUCCCGUUGCUCGGUCCCUGCUCCUGCCAACCUAGCAGUUUGAAAGCACGUCAAAGUGCAAGUAGAUAAAUAGGUACCGCUCCAGCAGGAAGGUAAACAUGUGUUGCUCUGGUUCGCCAGAAGCGGCCAAUAAAGCGAGAUGAGCGCCGCAACCCCAGAGUCGGUCACGACUGGACCUAAUGGUCAGGAGUCCCUUUACCUUUACCUUAAUGACAAGCUGGAAUGUGUGCCAAGGAGGGUGACCAAGAUCAUCAAGGAUCUGGAAACCAACCAAGCCUUAUGAGGAAUGGUUGAAGGAGUUGGGCAUGUUUAGCUUGGAAAAAAGGACAGAGCAAGCUUGUUUUCUCCUGCUCCAGAGGCUAGGACCCGUAGCAAUGAAUUCAAGUUAUAAGAAAGGAGAUUCCAGCUAAAUAUUGGGGGGAGCUUCUGACACUAAGAGCUGUUUGACAGUGGAGUAGACUCCCAGCACAAGAGGUGGUGGACUCUCCUUCGUUGGAGGUUUCUAAGCAGAGGUUGGAUGGCCAUCUGUCAUGUAUGAUCUAGCUGAGAUUCCUGCAUUGCAGGGGGUUGGACUCGAUGAUCCUUGGAGUCCCUUCCAAGUCUACAUUUCUACAUUUCUAUAAGUCCAUGAUUCUGUUACAGAUGGCAGUAGAGCAGCAACUGUUGUUGGCGUGUAAUCUUUCCAAAGGAGCAAAGUCUAGCUGAGCACAACUCAUUUUGUUUUGCAGUGGAAUUAAUUUCUGCUGUUAGUGAGAAGAACGGGGGAGGGGGGCUUGUUUAUGUAUAAGAAGAAUCACGACAUAGCUAUACGUGUGCAUUUUGUUUCGCGGGGUGGGAUAUAGUCCUAUGAUUUUCCUGCGCCUUUCUCGCCAUGGUCGUUAGCGUUGCCAACUUCUUCGGGGACGGCUGCUGUGCCUUUCAUGGCAAACAAAAUAUCCAGCAAGCAAAUGCCCGAAUGUGAACACGACUGAGGGUGUAGCUGUAGCAGCAGCAGCAGUAACAGAAAACUCCACCUGUUUAGUUUCUGCCUGUCACACCCCAUUCCAGGCACAGUAGCAGGAGGAAGUGGGGAGUUGUUGACAGCCUCUUUUGGGGGUGGGAUAAGGGGCAUUUGACUUGAGGACUUGGUUGCCAAGAGUCUUUUACUGUUAAGCAGCAUGUAUAAAAGGGAGAGGGUGCUUUUUUGAGGUGGGGGACCCCGCACUAUUCACGUUCUGUAUUAGCAAUAAAUGAUGUGCAUCUAUAUAUAUUUCUGUAUACUGUGCAUCAUAACUCUCUCAUCCUCAGUUCUAAAGGCUCAGGCUACCGAGGUGUUUUUAUUUUUAUUUUUUUAAAGCCAAACCCAAGCACCCCGAUUUCCCUUUUACGUAUAUACUGGGUCCCUCCGCCUUGGGGGGUGUGCGUGUGCGCGCGAGGCCACAACAAAGCCCCGCGCGCCUCUGGAGCUCGCGGCUUGAGCUUCCUUGCAAGCCGGCGGCGACGGCGGCCAGGCUCGCGGAGCCUACCCUUCCCAUGAUGCAGCGCGCCGCCCCGAGUCCCCAGUGGGCCGCCAUGUUGUUGGAGUGAAAGGCAGGGGGAGCGGCAGCCGGAGCUAGAGGCCGGGGGGAGGGGGGGGCCUUUGAGAUCCAUCUUCAUCCUACCGUUCCGCCCGUGAGUAUCCGGACCGGAGUGGGCCGAAACGGGACUCGGCACCCCAGGCAGCCCGAUGGUAGAGCCGUAUUGGGGCUAGGGGUUAGGCCGAGGCGGCGAGGCCCUUCCGAAAGGCGGCCCUGGGCGGGCAUUAUCGCGGAGGCUCUUCCUCGCGCUUGUUCCUGGUACAUAUUUUCGAGUCCAAGCAAGGCCUCUAUUGUUGUUCCAGGAGGGGAGGGGGGAGGGAGAGAGGAAGGACCGAUGGGGGGGGGCGACUCGAGGCGCCCGGGACGCCCCCCUUUAAACUGUAUAGCCCCCCCUCCCCGGAAAAAGCCCCCACCUUAAAAAAAGAAGCAGCAGCUUAUACCAUCCCCUGGGGUGGUUUUGUUCUCUCAUUCCCUCCCUCCCCUCCUUCCUUUUCUUUGGGGGUGGGGAGGAGAGGCGGGGAAGAGAGUUUACUUCGGCUUAAAAUAGUCUUUCCAAGCAGCCAGAGUGAUUAAUAUGCUUCAUUUUUGGGGGGCGGGGGUUGGUGGUUUGGUGGCGGUGGUCGGGGGGUGGCUGAUUUCAUGGUGCAGGAUUGAACUCCAGCGAUGUGGAGGAUAAAAGGGGGAGUACUUUGGGGGAGGGAGGUGGGGGAAAAGUGAUUAAACAGGGGGAGGUAAUUAGGAUUUUCAAACGUCCGUAGGUGAUGCCUAAUUAAAAUCGUCCGCGAGCAGGGCAUACAGGAAAUGGUGUACGUGACUUAAACUUUGUCUGCCACUGGUGUACAGGGUUGGGUGGGUAGGUAUGUAUGUAUACAUUGGAUGGGGGGAGCUUCUUAGUGUCCGGUUGGGAGGAGUGGAUGGUGUGUUGGAUGUUAUACAAUGGGGGGUGGAGGGUGUUUCUCUUCCUUGGCCCACAGUGAGUUAAUACCUCUGGAGCUCGUGUUUCUUUGUAGUAGCUAGUUGGGCUUGUUUUGGGACCCUUGUGUUUGUUUUUUUCAGGGCGAGCAUGGUGGUGUAGGGAUUUCUGUUUUUUUUUUUUUUUGUCCGGAUGAAAGGGGCAUAAAGAAUACAUGCAGUAAUGGAUUUCCUGGUUUGUCUCGGUUUUUUAUACAUAUAGCUUGUGUGUUUAUCUGUAAGUGAGCAACAAUGAAAGGCUGGCUUCUCUCCCCACCUAGGCCCUUGGCCCUUCUAGCUUCAAGUUAGUUCUUGGUGAAGCCAUUCUGAAGUGAAACAAAGUUACGGAAGAGGAAGGGGUAGCCCUUUGUUAGCAUAUGAACCCCAUGGAAAAUAUUAUCAAUUUAAAGACUUUUAUUUAUCGGAGAGGGGCAUGCCUGAUCAUGUAAGAACCAUAACAAAGAACUGAAUGUACAGUUUGAUCCUUUGCAUCUUUACUCAGAAGUGACUCCCACCACUUACUCCCAGGUAAAUAUACAUAGGAUCACAACUUUAUGUCAUGGCCCAGAAUUAAUGCUGCUUCAGUUCACUGAAAUAAAUAAAUUUUUAGUGUGCUUAACUCUUAUGUUGGGCUGUGGUCUUAGAAUUUGUAGGCAACAAACUUCAAACGCAGAGAGACAAUUUUCCUAGAAAAAGGAGGAUUUGAUGGCUUAAAAAUAUAAUAUGGGGAUAGCAAUUUACCUUCUGGAUUACAAUUUUUAAUUCCUUCCCUGGUAUUAACCCUGGAAGGCGAGUUUCUAUGUAGCAAUUCAGUUAUGCCAUGUUAUAUCAGUUUUAUUAAAUUAUAUCAGUAUUUGUUAUGCCAUGUUAUAUCAGUUUUAUUAAAUUGUUUUAAAGUUUGUUUCUAGUUUAUAUAAAAGAGAAAGUUACACAUUGUGAUUCCUUUUACCAAUCUAGUAAGGACGACAAAAAAAAUGUUUUCUUUCUUUUUUGGUAACGUGGAUAUAGUUUAUGUUGAAGGGUGCAUCUUUGAUAAGGGCCACAGGCUGCCUUUUUGUUUGUAAAUUAGCAGCUAUCAUAGGAAGCUGAUAACAAAACUUGGGAUUCAAGUGAGGGGGAAAUAAACUGUGAUGGUCAUGUGACUUGAACCACCCUUUAUAGUUUGAAAGGUUUUCUGUAGAUCAGGGUUUUCAAAGUGGGGGUCUGGUGUCAACCUUUUUUGGGCAGAUGAGAAAUGGAGAGAGUCGCCUUUUGUAGAACUUCCUCUUGUGGGCAUGGGAUGUUCAUGUGGCGUGGGUUCACACUGAGAGAGUAGGCUGCUUUGGACAAUUGGGUUGCCUUAGGUGGUCUUUAGGCCUUUCCAGAUUACUGAUUCUGUGGCACUGCAGCUGUCUUGUUCUCUCUGCAGUACCGGAAGCUUGACUGAAAGUACAUUGAUAGGACAUUCUGUUAUAGUGUUAGGGAGCAGAGGGAUUGUGGCUGAAUGAACAGACUGUGCUGCAAAGUGUGGGUUCUAUCCCUCAGGUGUGCAGUGAGCAGAUAAGAGUGGUGUGGAGCUUGGUAAUUAGAGUCUGGGAAUCCCUAGUGUAAGAGUCCUCUGUUUGCAUGAAGUGAUAUAAAAAUACUUUAGUUUUAAACUUCCCAGCAUGCUGUUCCCCCUGUGCCUUUUCAAAAAUGUGUAUUUGCAUUUAGGGAUUUCCUUACGAAUGGCAUUCGUUGGUGGUGCUGUGCCUACAUAGGUGGUUGUACAAAUGUACCUUCACAGUGCUGAGAUUUGAAAAGAAAGCGACAGUUCUUAAUUUUUUUUAUCACAUUUCCCCCACUAUACAGUUCUCUUUCACUGCCAUCUAAGAUUAAGUACCCUAAGAUGAUGUUGAUGGCUUAGUGGGUGUGUAGUCUUAAUCUUCUGUUCUAACAACUACAUCACACCAGCUCUCAGUUCUGUAAGGGAGCAGGAGGAAGUGUAGUAUAUUGUAACUGACACAUUUCUAAACUUUGUAAGCUGCUCUGGGAGCCUCUUUCAGUGGAAGAGCGGAAUAAAAAUGCUUCAAAUAAAUUACUUCUUGAACAUGAGCGCAAAGUACUGGACUGAGGAACUGUUGCUUCAAGCCUGGACAUGGUAUAUUGGGCAUAGUGUUGCUUCAAGCCUGGGCAUGGUGUUUUAGGCGUAGUUUUGCUUCUGUAAUGCUGGAAAUACACAUUAGAUUCCCGGUGUUAAAAUCACAUUUUAAAAAAUUGAGUGAUGAGAUGACAUGGGCUAUUCCAGCCCAUUUCUAGCCAUUUAUCUUUCCUUUCAUUUUUCGUUACAGCCAGUGGGCAAUAGCCAAAAAACUUGUAUUCAGAAUAGAUCAAUUGAAAUCAAUGGGUUUAAGUUACUUGAUUCCAUUGAUUUCAGUGAAUAUCACUAGUAUGUUUGACUAGUGUUAGAUAUUGCUUAGUGAGCAUAAAGCUUGCUUUGUGCAAUCUUCCCCCCCUCCCCCACUUUUUCUUAAAGCUGUCUGCAUGGGCAGUCACUCACUGAAAAAUCUGGUUUGCUAUUUUCACUGACUAAAAUAGUGAAAUACAGGGGUGCUUAAACUGUAUCUUCAAUUACUUGUGUGUUUCUUUGGACUAGUCAUCAGGGCAGGAAAAGUCAAUUGCAAGUUUUUAUUUUAGACCUGAUAAGUUUUGUAUCUUCUCCAGCCCCACAAUUUGACUUGCAUUGAUUUAGAAAAUUUAUUACUAAUGUAAUAAAUGAAUACAUUUCUGGAGAACAUUACAACAGUUGAACAUCUGCCACAUUUUUCCAUUUGGAAAAAAAAAUCCUCCCCACAUUCCUACAAGGUGUCUACAGGAGAUGUGGGCUUUCAGUGGUGGUGCCUGCUUUGUGGACACUCCCACUGGUGCUAUUGCUAGUACGGUGCAAAUGGCAGAUUAGGCAGGCACCACCACUCAGAGAACGUUUAGGUUGUGUAUAAUUGUCCAAUGGCUUUUAAUAACUUUCUUUCUUUUUGCUGCCACCUUAAUGAUUUUGUUAUGCUGCUAAGUGUGCUUUUUUUUCUGUUAAACUACUGUGCAGAUUUUGAAAAUUGAAAGACAGGGUAUAGUUUUUUAAAUAUUGCUUUUCUUUAAAAAGGCUUGGCAGAUAAUAAUUCUUGUUGUUAAAGGAGAAAAGUGGGCAAUAAACAUAACAAUUAUGAAUGGAAGAUUACUUGUUUAUAUUUUCUGUCAAUGUUUCCAUAUUUAGAAGGAGCCAAAGUGGGGGGAAGCCCAUUGAUUAUACUUGUUUUUAGAAUAUUCUGUUUGUGUUGUACUUAAUUAUAGUACGUACUAGAAGAAGGCUGAAGUAAUUUUAUUUGAAUAAAGAUUCCCAUCUGCCCUCAUUUUGUUACAGAGUAAGAUACUUAUUACGUAUGGGUAACCAAACCAGAAAUCUUGAGACUUCAAGUAAAUAAGUUUGAAAGUGGGGUUUUAAUCCUAACACAUUUUUAAAAUUAAGUACUGCUUCACAUAUAUGUAUUUACCACUUUUCAUGUGCACGAACAAGCUAUUGGGCAUCAAACUUUGGUAUACCCAACAAGCGUAGUGGCCCACUUCAGUUGUAAUGGAAAACCAAAGUUUCCUGCCAUGUGAUUUCCCCCCCCCUCCAAUGACAUUCCCCACUCACCCACCUUCCUCUUUUUGCAUGCCAGAGGAUAAGAUUGUCAAAUUUGCCAAGGUACCCUACCAUUUACUUGAAGAUGAGCACUCCUACUUUCAAUGGAAUACAAUAAGUAAUUGGAAACAUGGCCUUGGGGUCAGUUCACAUGAGCAUAGAGGUCACUUAAUCUCUCAGUUACAUUGCUUGGUAUUUGAUUUGCAGAUUAAAUGUGUGAACUGAUUCCACAGAGGAGACCUGGCCCAAUUCAAAUUUAAUGGUUUCUCACUAUCUGAAUGAGCAUUGGGAUUGUUUGUUUCCCUAGCCCAGGCGUAGGCAACCUAAGUCCCAGGGGCCGGAUGCGGCCCAAUCGCCUUAUCGAUCUGGCCUGAGGACGAUCCGGGAAUCAGCAUGUUUUUACAUGAGUAGAAUGUGUCCUUUUAUUUAAAAUGCAUCUCUGGGUUAUUUGUGGGGCAUAGGAAUUCAUUUUUUUCUUUCCAAAAUACAGUCUGGCCCACCACACGACUGAAAAAGGUUGCUGACCCCUGCCCUAGCCUCUCCUUUUGGAGAUGUAAAAAGUUUAGAAGCCACUACUUCUGCUUUUAAACAAAGUGCAGUUCCCCAUUUUGUCUGAACCCUGGGAACAGUGGUUUGUAGAAAGUCUAGAUCAGGGUGGUCCAUCCUCUUGAAUGAAGUGGGGCGCAGGAGUACUUUGAUACAGAAUCUGGAGCCACACACUGAAUUAAAUUUCUAUAUCAUAAAUUAAAGUGUUAGCAAUAGUGUUGAUAUUAUUCAAUAUAUACAAUUAAUAUAUUUAAUUAAAUAUUUAUAAUUAAUUACAUAAUCAGUAGAUUUUAUUUACUUAUUUAUUAAACAGAUCAGAGCCAUUCUUAUAAAAAUAAGAGACCAAAAAGAUCUGGCAGGGAUGGAGAAGAAAGAGGAAAAGAGCAUGCAAACAAGCAACCUGCUACAGCUGCUGGGCAGAUUAGUGAAGUCCCACUCAACUUUUUUUUUUUUUUUGCCCUUUACCCCUUCUCUCCUUUCUCCUGCACCCAGCAUUGCAGUUGCCAAAAUAUGCAACACACACUAACCCGUGUGUGCACUUACACUCUCCAGGCCAAGUUAGGGAUUCCCUGCAAAUGCCUACCCCUCCCUCCUACAAGGAAGACAAUGCUGGCAUGACUGGAGAAACUGCCUCUUGCUCCUUUCCUUUCUUCUCCCUGUCCCAAUUCUCAUCCCACCCCUGAGGAGGAUUCUCAGCUGCAGCUGGGAUGGGUGGCUUGUGGUGGUCAUGAGCAAACCAGUGCAAAGCUUUCAUGUAGUCCCUUCUAAUUCCCUGCAGCUUCGGUACUUAGCAAGGGCCUUGAGGAGCUUGUAUUGGGCCACCCUGGUCUAGAUGGUUAACAAGCCGCAGUCUAGUUGGCUCCUGGCUUGUUUUCACUAACUAUAGUUAAAACAAGACAGUGUGGAUGCAACAGUAAACUAUGGCUUGUUUAAAAUGGGGCAUGAACCUUCCUUUCUGUGUUGUUUAAGGAACAAUUUCAUGCAGUUAUCCAAAUGCACAUGAGCUGGUGUGUUUUCCAGUUUGAAAGGUUCCUACAGUCAUUAAGCAAUUGCUCUGAAAGAGUUAUUCUUUGAACCAAGCUUUGUGAUGAUGUUGGAGCGCUCAGGGUUUCAGCUCAUGGACAGUUGAUACGCAUUUGGUAGGCUGUUCUGCUUCAGACAUGCCCUCAAUGCAUGAAUAGCUCUUGGAAAGAUUGUGUGUGGCACCAUUUGGCAUGCUUUACAUGGUUACAAUCAUGUGACACUGAAUAUCUAAAAAGCACUAUUGACUAGCCACCUUCUGUUCAAAUGAACAGAUGCUGCUAUCUUCUGAUGAGUUGAAACCACCACUCUGAAGCAAUUUAGAUAUAAUUUAGGAUGUUUAUUUGGCUGAUGCUUGGUACACAAAACCAAAAAAGUAUGACAUGUUAACUUUAUGUGCUGUAUAAAUAUCUCAGAAAUAUUUUCCCAGUGACAAAAAGUAUUUGAAUUGAAACACUUGAUUAGGAAUUGCAAAUAAAGCAAACUGUGAUUUUUGUAAGUGUUCUUAAAACGUGACCCACACACUCCUCUUACAUUGUUUGGAUCAUAUGGGGGGGAGGGGAAUCACUGAAAAGUGUAAACUUGGGCCAAGCUCUUAACAAAUAGUUGUUUGUGUGCGGCCCAAUAGCUCCCACUUUGCUCUUCCUCUGGCUAGAGUGCAUGAACAAAUCAGAAAGGGGAUAGCUUAUCAUUACUAUCUGAAUCUGGGAUCACUUUAAGAAACUACAAUUGCUAAUCAGACUUAAACCAUGUUUUGUAGUUGAUUUACGGAUUAUGGUUUGUUAGAGUGAAACAUCCAUGUUUCUGGUGUAACAUUAAGCUAUUCCCAUGCUGGUUUGUUUACCCGCUUGUGUUAGAGAAGGGGAAAUGGGAGUGAUCAGGUGACUUGCACAGUAUGAUUUAUUAAGCCAGUAUCUUCACUUUACCAUUACAUGCGAAUGUGGACAUACUAAUUUUAGCAUGCCUAAGGAGCUGGGUGCUUCCUAGGAACAGCCACUUGAAAAGCUUUAGAUUUCAGUAGCAUUGCAUCCAUCCAUUAUAUAGUUUUGUUUUGUUUAAAAUAUUUUGAGCGUCUCAUCAAUACAAAAGGAAUCCCAAAGUGUUUUACAGCCACAAUUAAUUGAAGUUAUAUUUGGCUGUGAUAAAAGUUCAGUAGAACGUUAAACUCAAAAUAAACUCAGUGGCCAGCAAUUUGCCCAAAGGCCUGGGAAAAUAAAGCUUGGCACCAGCCUUAUCUGUGAGUGGGAAUAUUUUUCUAUAAAUAAAAAAUUUACUGCACAAAAAUCAAGUAAUCUUGUCAAAUUAUUGGCCGGUCUAGCCCAGUACUGUCUGCUCCAGCUUUCCCCAACCUGGUGCUCUUCCGAUGUUUUGGACUAUACUUCUACCAGACUCAGACAGCGUGGCCAACGAUUAGGGAUGAUGCCACUUGUAGUUCAGCAACAGGUGGAGGGCACUAGGUCAGGGAAGGCUGGCCAGCUCCAGUGCUGGCCUCUCCAAGGUCUCUAACAGGGUCCCCCCACCCCACUUCAGAAGUCUUGUUACCUGAGGUAUUUUUAGUCUGAAACCUUAUGCUAAAAGAGUAUGUGCUGCUUAAACUGAGCUGCAUAUGCUGCUUAAACUGAGCUGCAGUACCUCCUUGCUGUCCCUGUGCUCUUCAGUUGGAAUACAGUGGUACCUCUGGUUGCGAAUGGGAUCCGUUCCGGAGGCCCAUUCGCAACAUGAAAGGAACGCAACCUGCAGCGGCUCGCCUGCGUACUUGCGGGUUGCGAUUCGCCACUUCUGCACAUGCACAUGAUGUCAUUUUGCGUGUUUGCGCAUGCACAAGCGGUGAAACCCGGAAGUAACCCUUUCCGGUACUUCCGGGUUGCUGCGGGAUGUAGCCUGAAAAAACGUAACAUGAAGCAAACGUAACAUGAGGUAUGACUGUACUGAUACCUUUACUGGUGCUUUAUGUGCAGUUCCCUCCCUCUCCCACCGUCUGCUUGACCCAGGGGUGGUCAACCUUUUUUUACCUACCGCCCACUAAUGCAUCUUUCUUUAUGGUAAAAUUUCCUUACCGCCCACCAGUGCUUGAUGGAAGGAGGAUUCAUCUUGUGCUGUAGAACCCCCUACCGCCCACCUAGAAUCCUGAAACGCCCACUAGUGGGCGGUAGGAACCAAGUUGACAACCCCUGGCUUGACCUCAAGUGCGGAAGACAAGUGCUGUUGGCACCUUUGUCUUUAUUUUAUUUCAGGUUAGCGGUUGUACAGGAUAAUUUGGCUUUGGAGCGUGUGGGUCCAAAGAUGCUUUCUGUGAAACGCUUUUGAGAACAGUAAUUGAGGAGGUAAAUCUUGCCUGACAUGGUGAGAUUUGAUAUCAGGAGCCAUGGAUGUGGUUAUUAAGCUUAUGCUGGUGCAUGCUUUAAAGGCUGGAGGAAACAGGCUGAUUUAAGCAUUUUGAACCUGUCUCUCCUUAGGUAUUGGUGGAAUGAGCGUUGCGUGUGUUUUGAAGAGAAAAGCAGUGCUCUGGCAGGACUCCUUCAGCCCCCACCUGAAACAGCACAGUCAAGAUACAGCUAAUCCCAACAUGCCUGUUGUUUUGACAUCUGGAACAGGGUCCCAGGCUCAGCAACAGCCAGCUGCAAAUCAAGCCCUUGCAGCAGGGACCCACUCCAGCCCUGUUCCUGGAUCUAUAGGGGUUGCAGGCCGCUCCCAGGACGACGCAAUGGUGGAUUACUUCUUUCAGAGGCAGCAUGGUGAGCAGCUUGGGGGAGGCGGAAGUGGUGGAGGCAGCUAUAAUAACAGCAAACAUCGGUGGCCUACUGGGGAUAACAUUCAUGCUGAACAUCAGGUAAACAGUUAAAUAUUUCACAACUGAACAAAUGAGCUAAGCAGGCCUGUGACAGUUGCAUGCAGAGAAUGUUAUUAAAAUCUGUGUAUCUACAUGAGCAUUUUUCAUUCUGUUGCCUCUUCAGCCUCAUUUUAUAGGACAAUGCAGUAAGAUAAUUCCUAUAUCUCUUAAAUAAAAAUGUGUAUAUAUUUGCAAAUUGUCUUAUGCUUGUUGACUUCUUUCUGUCUUAGUUGGACCAGCAGGGCAGUGCUUCUUUCCCCCCCCCCUUGUCUUUUCAAACCCACUACUAUUGUUAGUUUCCAUAGUUAGAAAAAUGAUGAAACUUCUUAAAGCAGCACUGGUAAACCUUAUUAAUGUGCUGGGUUGGCAAGAUGUCAGUGUUGUACCUGCUUGUGCCUCCCCCUCCCCCCCCCCAUGUGGGGAUAAGUGCACUCUUUAAACACUUCAUUGAAGCAUCCAUCUCUUCUCCAGCUUCUUGGUAGACUUUUGUGCUCAUUAGCUGGGGAAUGCCUUUUAAAAAAAACGUUGCUGAGCCAACUUUUCUGCUCAGCAACCAGGACAGACUUAAAAAUUGGCUGUCAAAUAGAAAAAUCUGCCCAGCCACCCAAGAAAAGCCUUAUGCCUUGUGUGCACUAUGUGAGCCUCUGGGCACUCCCACGGACUAAAUGGCAUAGGGGAUAAAAUUGUCACCUGAAUCAUCCAUUGACAAGCAGUGGAAGCUGAAGAGUACAAUAAAUAUCUGUAGUCUCCGCCAGCUCCUUCCUAAAUAAAAGGGAUUUUUUAGGCUGUAUAGGAAGGGAAGGGAAGAGUUACUGCUACCUGCUGUUGCUGUCUCUUGUGCGUGCAUCCGUAUUUGUGUGUAACCUAUGACCUGUCUGGGUGGGUUGAAUGUGUUUAUGAGAUUUGGGGGGGGGUAAAGUGGUUGAAGGCAAAUUUAAAGGGACACCUAUCCAUAAAUACAUUUAGUUGUCUCUUAACUUGCAUCCUCGUAAUCAGCAGUGGACCCCCACUGAAUCCCGAGUUCUGCACCUCUGAGCUAAAUGAUCUCCCCUCACUAAAUUCACUUAAACUUGAUAAGUGCUCAGAUGAUUACUUUUCUUUUUAAAAAACGCUAUACCCUGUUCCUGAGCCAGUGAGGAGCUUUUUAGUAAGCCUUCAGUAUGCCUACAUACAGUAUUUGUGAAAACUGCUGAAAAAUAAAACUCUUUAUUUUUUUGGUCAGGUGAUGGCCUGAGCAUUGAUGAUAAAAUGUGAAGUGGAGCUGUGUUUUGAGAAAUAAGUGCCCCACAGGGAAAAUAGAAUGUGCUUUUUGUGUUUGUCAAAAGAAUGAGCACUCCAAAAUGAUUUGUGAUGGUUAUUGUCUUUCCUGCUGGAGAAUUUGAAUUGUAUCUUGUUUUGAAGAUUUAUAUUUGUAAAUAUGAUUUCCAUAGCACCACACAAUAAAUAAAGAAGUCAGAGUACAGUGUAAAUAAACUGUAUAAACAUAUCAAAUGAAAGAGCAGUAACAAAAGAGGUAGAAACAGCAUCCAGAUGUAAAAAAGACACAAACCAGAUAAGCACUCAAUAGGAGGCCUGUUUGAAAAGUCCUCAAGAAUUAAAACUAAAAUGGUGGAGCUUUCACUGAGCAGUAAAUGGGUUUUAAUUUAGCAGUUAAAACAGAACAAGGAACUUACCAUGAAGAGUUCUCUGUGGAGGACAUUCUGUGAGUGGGAUGUUGCCACUGAGUUGGCCAUCCCCUGAUUGCCACUCAGCUUAUUGCCAAGGCGGAGAGUCCCAGAGAAAGGCCUCUGAUGAAGCAGGAUCAUAUGGAUCAUAUGGAUCAGAGUUGAUCAUUUGAACACCCAGGUCUUAAUUGAGCAUCAUCCUCUCCAGUGAUGAUAUUCCUAUCACAGGGUGUGUGGGUGUGUUUGGCAGUAUCUCUUUCUCUCGUGGAAGAUACUAAUCUGUGUUCUUGACGUUUGUAAAGACAGUAGGCUGGUUGCUGCUGCUUUAGGUUCCGGAACUUGUAGGACUUGGUUACUGACGGACUACAUUUCUGUACAAGACCUAUGUGGAAAUUAAAAGAAACUGCUUGAACCAUAAUCUAGUGCAGUCUUUCUCAACCUUGGGUUCCUAGAUGCUGUUGGACUACAACUCACAUCAUUCCUAACCACCAUGGCUAGUGGUCAGGGAUGGUGGGAGUUGUCAUUAAAGAACAUCUUGGGACCCAAGGUUGAGAAAGCCUUGUCUAGUGUAUGGGACAAUAUGGCUUAGAUCAGCUGUCCCCAAUGUGAUGCCAAACAGAUGUUUUCAAGUAACUCCUAUGUUGGCUGAGACUAAUGGGCGUUGCAGUCCAAAACAUCUGGAGGACUCCAGGUUGGGGAAGGCAGCCCGAUAUUGCACUGUACUAUAAAAUCUCUUUAGCCACCAUAACUGUUCUCUCGUAGGGGAAUUCUGCUGCCUUUAAUAACGUUCUUUCUCCCCUUCAAAGUAAACCACCCUUAUCAUUCCUGAAUGACUUUUUUUAACUAGGUUGAGAGCCAGGCUGGAAAGUGGCUUUAUGUUGUGCAUUGUUUGCCUAAAUGUAAAUGGUUGUUGCUCAGGAGCUCAGUUUGUUGAAAUGUGUUAACCUUGCUAUUGCAAGUGAAGACUUGUAAUGUGACCAGUGUUUGUGAAGUGUUGGGAGGGUGAGUUUAUAAAGAGCAAGUAUCUUUCUGGUGGUAGUAUGUUUUGGAGCAUUAUAAACUUCUGUGUUACCUACAAAAACACUGUUGAAAUAGACAUCAAAAUACCAGGGAAGCGCAGGAAAUAAGAAUCAUGGAAGUAUGGGGCAUCAGCAGAGAAAACAGAAUUUGACUAGAUAUUGACUUAACCCUGGUGAGGCUACACCUGGAGUACUUUGUCCACUUCUGGGUGCCACAGUUCAAGAAGGAUUUUGACAAGCUGGAACAUGUGCAGAAGAGGGCAACCAAGACGUUCAACAGCUAGUAGCUGUUGACAGGUUUGUCUUUCCUGAAUUUAUCUAUUCUCCUUUAAGCCACCCAAGUUGCUUACCUUCACUACCUCCUGUGGGAGUGACCUGCAGGAACAGGUGCUUCCUUUAAUCUGUCCUAAAUAUUCCAACAUUCAGUUUCAUUGGAUGUCCAAAAGAUCUAGUCUUAUGAGAGAAAGACACUUCUCUAUCCACUUUCUCCACACCAUGCAUAAUUUUACAAACUAUCAUGCCACCUCUUGCUCUCCUUUUCUCUCAAGUCCAAAGUCCCAAAUGCUGCAAGUUUUCCUCAUAGAGAAGUUGCUCCAUAACCCAUAAUUGCAUUACAUGAUCCAAGCCAUACAACCAAAUAUUUUAAACAGCUGCAGCCCUGUUUCUGUACUAUAGAAAAACAAAACACAGAAAUUGUUCCACGUAAAUGACUCUUGAUAUGUAAACCUGAACAUUCCUGUUUGGAGUUGGUCAACUUGCAGCCUACAGAGCAAUCUUAAUCUGGUGUCUGGCAGUUCUAUCAAAGUUCAGUGAAGAUGUGGUUAAAAAGUCACACUUACUGUUUCACUCAUAAGGAGAAAAAAGAUUCGCAGUGCAAUCCUGUACAUGUCUACUCAGAAGUAAGUUCAGUGGGGCUUAUUCCCAGGUAAAUAGGUAUAGAUUGCAGCCACAGAAUUUUGCGGUUGCAUCUCUUUAGGUUUCUUGGAGAAGCAAUGAAACACUAUGUAUUCCACAGUGUUGCAUUCCAUGCUGUACCUUCACAAUUGAUCAUCUCAUAUUGCCAAAAUGCACUGUGACAAGAGCUAUGGAAUGCCUUCAAAAUAGUAAACCCCUUGAACUCAACCUAAUAUGUUACUCGUGAUCACACGCAUCUUUGUGAAUCAUAGGCAGGAAAUAUCCCUGGCUUGGCUAAGGAAGGGACACGGUGUCCAUAUUUGUCAGAACCUGCUGAAAGAGGAGGCCCUGCCUGUGUCUGUGUUUUACAGUGUUUUCACGGUUAAACACGUUGCUCAAGUGUGCACAUCUUCAAAAAGCUUUCUGAACCCAGACACCUGAUCUGUGCCAUAUGGGCCUUGCGUCCUUUUUGGUGAAGAUAUGUUGGCAUGCUUUCUUUACAUAGAUAAAUACAAUAGGCUGAUUGUCCUCUUGGGAAUAAGUGGCACAUGGCUGCUUAUAGAAGACAGUCUGACUUGAACAGAAACUUAAAAGGAGGCAGUUUGAACCAUGAUCUAAUAUGGCACAAGACUAUUCUAUUCUUUAUUCCUACUUCCAGCAUAACCAUAUUGCCUCUAAGUACUAAAAGCAUGGUCCUCUGAUUUCAGGAGCAAUUCAUCCCAUAAUUUGAACUUCUUCUGUUGCCAGAUCUCUGAAUUGAAUACUUUCCCCCUUUAGAAAAAAAAAUAAUCGCCCAGUAUAUCUUUCAAAUUUAAAGUGUGUUGGUUAAGGGGAAAAUCCUGUAGCUUCUGAAUAUGUCCCAUGACUCCAGAACUCUUGAUGGUCCUGACUUAAUGCCUCUUAUUUUUGACUGGUUGCUGCCCCACUUUUUUCUAAACUAAAAAGCCCCAAAUGUCAUAACUUUUCCUUGUAGGAGAGUAGUUACAGUCCCUUGAUCAUUUUGGUUGCCUCUCCCCCCCCCCCCCCCGGUAUUACUUCCUUUUGGAGAUAUAACAGCCAGAAUGGUAUCUUAUGCAAAGUGAUGAAUAUCAGGAAUCUGUACCCACAGUGUUCUGGGGAGUUCGUCCAACAUUCCACCUGAACUGAUUUGGGGGUACAUGUGCAGGGAGAAGAGGGAGAGCUCUGUUGUACUGGUGUGAUUUAUGACUCCUGCAAGGGCAAUUAUUUAGUUGAAUCCAGCCCUAUGUUAAUAGAAGCUCAAGUCCGAUUUGGUCAAAUAAACCAUGGUUGAGGUUGUCUUGCUUCUCAGUCACAGUUCCUUUGAGGUUGAAACAACGAAUAAUGCCAAUGUCAGCCUCUGGUUUGUUUCCUCCCAAGUGAAGAGCUACUUGGGAAUGCUUCAGCUGCAUACCAGCACACUGGUCAUUCACACAUUAAAUCAGCUUGAUGUGAACUAAAGCAGUGGUGGAAUUGAUGUGGAUGAAUUUGAUAGUAGAGUUGAAAUGUUCAUCUACAUACAGGUUGACCUUUUAUCAUUGGUACUUUAGUGGCUGACAGCCCACAUACACACAUUGCUGAUGGUUCAAGAGAACUACUAAUAGCUGAAUUCUUCUUUCUAGCUAAAACUUUGUAGAGGAUGUUUCAUUAGUUGCUGCUUUAGAAUGGGCAGAAUUAUAGAAGGCUUUGAUUAUUCUUUUUCAAUUUUAUUAAUAUAAUCUGUUUUGGUUGGCUAUAUGUCCAAAAACUCCCAUUUGAUUUCCUUUGUGUCUGCUAAACCUCAUUUUCUCUUAUUAACUUGAAUAUAUAAAUAUGCUUUUUUGUUCUGCUGUUAUUAGUUAUAGUGGUAUACAUGUGUGUCCCCCCUUCAAAAUAUGUUUACUUUACAGGCCUAAUUAUGUUCUGCAAGUCAUAUGCAAUUGCUUAUAUGUUGUUUAGAAUUGGUGUACAGUUGUUCUGUCUUUUAGUUUUAUAGGCCAUGUGACAAAGCUUCUUUCACCUGUUUUUCUUGCAUCUUUCAAUGUUUAAUAGGUUCGAUCUAUGGAUGAAUUAAAUCAUGAUUUUCAAGCACUUGCUCUGGAAGGAAGAGCUAUGGGAGAGGUAAGUGAACAUAUUUUGUUGCAUUUCUUUCUUUAUUUCCUUCCAGGUAAGCCCAAACAGUGUCCCGUUUUCUCUUGGAUACUGCCCUGGCCCAGGCCUGUUUGUCUUUUCAGAGAUGGAACUAUAGAAGGUGCUCUCGCACCAUUUUCUGAGAUAGAAAACUCAGUAUACUAUAAUGGUAUUUGUCCAGGUACUACAUGUUUUGCCCCCCCCCCCCAAACCUACAUCUGUGCCAUCUUAAAUUGUGUAGGAGGUCUGUUUUACCCAUGACUGCUACAAAGCAGGGUUUGUGAUUUAGAACGGAUUCUUGAAAGAGAGGUGGAUCUUGCAGAGAUUUGAGAUGAUCAUUUGGUGCUGCAGUGUAAAUGAAAAAUGAGCACUUGAAUAGCAGCAGUGUAUAGUGUAGACCAUUCUUCCCCAACUUUGACUACCCAGAUGUUGCAGAUGUUCCCGUCAACCCUGUCCAAUGGCCAAAUAGUCUGGGACUGAAGGGAGUUGCAGUCCAACAACGUCCAAGAUUGUGAAAGACAUUAGGGAUGUUCCACCUUGAGUAACGAACACAGGAAGCUGUCUUAUGUCAGGUCAAAACUAUUUCUCCAUCUAGCUCAGUAUGAGCUACUCUGAUCAUACCCAUCACCUGAUCAUUUAAUUGGAAAUGUCAGGAAUUGAACUGGGGAUCUUCGGCAUGAUAAGCGUGUUCUCCAAAUAAUGAAUGCUGUGAAUCCAUAUUUAUUUGCGUGGUGGAUGAAUUAAGACCAGUGUUCGAAAUUAGCCAGGUACAUUUUGCAUCUGAUUAUUGGCCACUUGCAACCAAGUGAAGCCAUCUCCUGCCAUUUUGUGGUGCAUGCCUUGGGAUCAUUGGAUCUUGACUGUUUUCACACACUAAUGCCAUAUCCUGUAUAAUUCUAUCAGUUAUAUUUUAUCUGCACAAUCAGAAUGAAUUUCAGGAACCAAAAUGCUUUUUCUGUGCAGCCUGAGCAGGAGCAGUGAAUGAAAUUAAUAGCUAAUUAGUUUGUCUUCACUUUCCCCACCCCACUGCCCUACUCACAGUUGUGAAGAAUAUUCUUACAUUAUGAAUGGUCCGUGUCACCAUUAAGAAAAAGAGGUAGGAAUAGGCCAAUAUUUAUGUGGACUAUCCCUGGAUAAAGUUCUCAGAAGUUCUUAACCUAGCUCAAGGUUGUCAUCUGAACUAGCCAGAUGUUUAACUGAUAAUCAAUCACAGUCUGUCGAUCAUUUGAAAAAUGCAGAUCCUUACGCUAUAUAUGAGUCCACUUUAGAGACUACUUUUGGUUGUGGGGCUCAGAAAGCAGAGUACAUGUAUAUGGGUUUUUAUUCCAGAAAUAAUACCAAAAAAGCAGGAGAUUAUAUGAAUAGAAUAUUCAAAGAUGGCUCAUGAAGCCCGCACAAUCCUCCAUUGUCCAUUCUUGACCCUGAUAUUAAAGAAAAUCCACUGACUGAUUUGCAAAAUGCUUGUCUGACUAUAAGAACCAAGUAUGCUAACUUAAUUGCUUCAUAAUUGGAUAAAGGAUAUCAUCACUCUAAUUAAAGUAGUUGCUAGUAUGCCCCUGAAUAUGUUUCAUGUUGACGAUGACAGUGAAAUAAGUAACAGGAAAUUAAGUAGUUCUUUGGCGGGAAACAGUGGUAUAUGCAGCACUGGAAAAUUUGGAGAAUUAAUUUUGAUUGGGUAGGGGGAGAGAACAGGGCAGACUCACAGUUUGUGACCCCCCUCUGCCCCUUAAAGGAUCUAAAUGGCAUGAUCCAGCAACCUUCUAGUGUACUAGCUUUUACAUUUGCCAGCACUGAAGAGCUUUGCACAUACAUAAUUAUAGAGUGAGUGCACAGAUAAUGGCAGUCCAAAAUUUCACAGUGAGGCAGACUUACUAGCUUGCCUCUCGAUUGAAUCCAAAGAAAUGAAAAAUCAUAAAUAGAAAUUGCUCACUAAGAAUGUAUCUGAUGUCAUACUUCAAAAUUUCGCAUCUGAGAGUCAGCAGUUUAAGAUAAUCAUGGCAUGCAAACACCUUGUAUCACUGAAAUUUAUGUAGCCCCCCGAUAAUCUUUUCCAUCCAAGAAACAAGUGAACUGUCCAAAAGUCUGGGCUUGUAGCAAACAGCUGACUCCAUGGUAUAGAUAUCUCGCCAUGGAAAUAGUUUGGCAGCGAGUAUCUCACCCUAAGAACGGAUGACUUGGAUUACUGCAUGACUUAGAAUACCAGAAAAAGAGCAGCUGGUUGGCUGGGGAACCGAAGAACUAAGCUGUCAACCCUGUAAGCAGUGAAUAAAGUUUCCAGCCACCUAACUAAAUGACUAAAUAGUUUUAUCUAUUUUGAAAAACCUAACAAUACCAGUGUUUAUUUUCACGAUACUAUCUGAAUUAGUCAACUUGGAAAAGAGAUUGCUAGGCAAAUAAUAGUGAAAAAAAUGAAAUGUUUGAGGUUUUUUAUUUUACAGUCGGGCAGUAUAUAAUUUUUAUUCAAAAAAUAAAAUGUAAGCAUGAAUUUUAAACACAACAAACAGUUGGUUUUAUAUAUAAGCUGGGAAAAGAAUAAAUAUAAGAGACCAGGAAGGGAGGCAAAGUGUUCCCAAGGCCUAAGAAAGGUUUAAUAAGAUAGUGAGCGAAUAUUUAUUCAGGUUCACAGCCUUAAUAGCCAGGCUACUGAAAUUCAACACACCUUGAAAAAUACCAGAAGGUGUUUCGUUUUUAAUAAGCCAGAUCUUGGGUUUGAUGUGUAAAACUCUGGCCCCUCCAUGUGCCAUGGUAAUGGUAUCUUCCUUUGAAACACUUCAUAACCCAAGAAGACCGCAAGGACUGCAUUGUCAGUGCUUUAAUUGACUCUGAUUCAGUUUGGCAUACUGUGGGCAGAAUAAGUGAAGCUUGAUUCUGCCCUUUAUAAAGAUGUUAAAUAAAAAAUAAUGAAUAAAGGCAACUGGUUAAUGGUAGAGUGUGGGAGGUAGACUUUCAGGAUGUACUGGUGUUGUGCAAAAGGAAUAGAAACCUGCCAGAACCUCAGGGCCAGCAAUCUCCGUGUUUGCCAAUGGAAGAGUCAUUCUCAGAAAGAUUUACAAGUUGAUGUUGUUUAUCACCAGCUAAACAUACACAGGAAAACCAUUCUGACAUAUAUUGUGGUAGUUGUGAUGGAAAGGUGCUACGCAGUUGGUAAAAUGCUUGGUUUGUGGCAUGACAAUGCCUCCCUUCACUCUGCCACAGCUGUUUCCCAGGCGUAAGCAUCCCAUGUAACUUACUCUUGUUCAGAGCGUAUGCAGGGCCUGAGUUAGGCUGGUAUGGAUGGGGGAAGGCUAGGGAGGCCUUUUAGCUGGAGUUCAUAAUAUCUCCCUUCCUUCUAAUAGCAAAAUCAGUUAGAGAGUGCGAACAGAAUUGUAGCCAAAACUAGAUGACUAGGGACACUAGAGAGGGCUAUCAGCAUGCUGGAGGGGAAAAAAUAACUUAAUAAUCCCCCCGUCAACCCCCCCACCCCAGCACCAUGUGUACUAAGCAUGCUAAGUGGGCACAGAAUGCUGAAUAGGUAUUAGAGGGGGGAAAUGGAGAAGCAGAUUCAGGGAUCGAAUGGAGCUUCUUGUAGAUUAAUAAUAAUAAUAAUAAUAGUAAUAAUAAUAAUUUUAUUAUUUCUAUCCUGCCCAUCUGGCUGGGUUUCCCCAGCCACUCUGGGCAGCUUUCAACAGAACAUUAAAAACAGAAUAGAACUUCGAACAUUAAAAACUUCCCUAAAAAGGGCUGCCUUCAGAUGUCUUCUAAAAGUCGGAUAGUUUUUUAUUUCCUUGACAUCUGAUGUGAGGGUGUUCCACAGGGCGGGCACCACCACCAAGAAGGCCCUCUGCCUGACAACUGCUGGCUAGCAUGAACACUGAGCAGGAGCACUUCACAUUGCAACAUUUUACUGCAGGUCCCACUUUUCAUUUAUUAUUUGAAAGGUUCUAAUAUGUGCUGGAUCAUGUAUGUACGGAAAUAAUGAAAAGAGAACCUGCCUACAGGCUCACAUGUCUAUACAACAUGAGGGAAAGGGGACUUGUUUUUUCCGUUCAAUUGUUCAGCUCCUGACUUGUUAAACCUAAGAACAAAGGAGAGCCCCACUAGAUCAGACCCAACAGUCUGUCUAGCCCUGGACCCUCUUUUCCAGUUUGAUGUUUCUGUGGAGCCUAGAAGCCUCCACCUCAUUUUCUCCUUCCUCUGGUGCUUCCAUCAUGGCUUAAUGAAACUGGCUAUUAAUGUGUCGGUUUUCUAACCAGGAUCCCCAUUAUUAUGCAGGACAGGAUGAAAUAAUAAUGCAUUUGCCCCCUUUCCAGAGCUAGAUCUCUUCUUUCACUCCACAAAUUGGUUUUCCCAUGUGUCCGCCAGCCCCAAGCCAGUCCCAGAGCUUCAGUUUUUGUGGAUAUUUUUGGAUACAGUAUUUUUGGUCUGGAUUGGAGAGAGAGUAGAAGAGAGAGCAUUUAAAGGGUGUUUAGAGGGUGUUCCCCACGUAACACGAUUUUUGCUUAUGCAUACAUGGGCCUGGAACAUAACCCCCGCGUAAGUUUGGGGAACACCUGUACUAAUAUCUUAGUUUAUCUUUAAAGAUAACCUUUAAACAUACGGUAUAUUUCUCAUUUUGUUUUACAGCAGCUUUUGCCAGGUAAAAAGUUUUGGGAGUCUGAUGAUUCAAGCAAAGAUGGACCAAAAGGAAUAUUUUUGGGUGAUCAAUGGAGAGACAGCGCUUGGGGGACAUCAGGUACCUCAAACCAUCACGUAAAUCAUUUGGAGCAAGUUUUUCUACUCUUUUCUUUUCUCUCUUCCUCACAGCUCCUUAAAGCACUAUAGUAGAAACAUUUUAGAAAAGAGGUAAAUAAUAUCCCUAAACAGUUGUACAGUACAGUUAGAUAUGCAAGGUUCUCCUAUUUAAAAUUUGUUUAAUGCAGGGCUUUGCUGAUCUCUCUGUGUUUGUGGGGGAUGUGGAAUGGACAGUUGAGGACAGGUCUAGCUCUCUUUGUUACUGUUUUUUCUGGUUCUGUGGAAGGGGGCAACAUGAGAGAAUGAAUGAAAAUAGCUGGAGAAAGAUGUAGAUGGGUAUCUCAUGAGUAAUUACAAGGCAGUUCUUGUUGCUGCUGUCUUCAUCAGUUACCAUAUGUUAGUUUGAAUUCUGCAUUUUCUUGAAGUCUGUAGUUCUCUCCCUCUUGUUUACUUUUUAGCUGUUCAGAGGAAGUUAGGAAGCACAUUUUCUGAAGAUGCACAGUAAUCUAAUGCUGAGCCCCUUCACUUUUGCUCCUGAUAUACGUAUAAAUAUAGCCAUUUGUUUUUGUUGCAGAUCAUUCUGUUUCCCAACCAAUCAUGGUUCAAAGAAGACCUGGCCAGGGUUUUCAUGUGAAUAAUGAGGUUAACUCAGUGCUGUCCCCACGAUCAGAAAGCGGUGGACUUGGAGUUAGCAUGGUAGAGUAUGUGCUGAGCUCAUCCCCGGGGGAUUCCUGUCUCAGAAAAGGAGGAUUUGUAAGUAUAGUGGAUGAUAUCUGGUGUCACUGUCUCUAAAUCAUUAUGUCUGUUCCUGUUAUGUCCAAUUCAUCACCACAGUUUUGGAACAGUUGGGGAAUCGAUUACAUUCUAAAUGCCCAAAAUAUGAAGCUGAUACAGGAUAGUUUUUUAAAGGGACGGGAAGGGAGUAGAGUAGCUAGGCCCAGAAAUGAACAUCCAGUUGCUUUUUUAUGAUAGGCACUGACAGUUUAUUCAACAGAAUUAACACUGAGUAACUUACCUUAUUAAGAUCAAGACUGUAUGUCACAAUUCUGCAGGAAUGCAGGAAAAGUGCAGAUUGUGGCAUUAGGUACAAAAUUCAGCCUCCCGGAAUUGUAUCUUUUGUCCUGAAGAAAAGGAUAGUUCUAGUUUUUAUGUGCAAACAGGUUCUGAAGAAAGCUCAAAAGUCAGAGAGGCAGCUGAGUAGGGUUUCCAUUAUGUGUGCACAAUUGCAUUCACAUGAAUGUGUGUUCAGGGGUGGGGAUUAAGUGUAUCAAAGAUGCCGCUAUAAAUUGCACAGUAAAAUAAGCAAUAGCAGUAAAGGUGAAACAGAUUUUAGGGUGAUGUCAAAUGCUAAUUGUAAAAAUUCUUGAUUCAGAGGUGUGUGGUGGUGGUUGUUUUUUAAAAAAGAAGACAUUGUGAAGUGCUAUAUUUUACACAGGGGCCAAGGGAUGCUGAGAGUGACGACAAUGAUAAAGGGGACAAGAAAAACAAGGGCACAUUUGAUGGUGAUAAAUUAGGUGAUUUGAAGGAAGAGGGAGACGUAAUGGACAAGGCAAAUGGAUUGCCUGUACAAAAUGGAAUUGAUGCUGAUGCAAAAGAUUUUAGGUAAGUAUGUACCUAUAUGUGAGUCCAAAAAAGUACUGGAACUGUAAUUUGGAAAACAGUAGAGCAGAAGGGGGGGAAUUGGAUUUCACUUGGGAGCUGCUAAUUGUAAUCAACAUUUGUUUAGUGUUCCUUUGAGAUCUGAAAAGAACACAUUUUUGCUCACGCAGGCCAGGCUGGGUUCUCUUUCAGCUAACCUACUUUCUUCCCAUCUGAAGGCUUCUCCACACCUCAGAGGUGGCUUUUCAAGGGAUACAGUGAGUUGAAGCAGGAGGCAGGAAAACGCUAUGCUGUCAAUAGAACUCUGCUUAUGACUCAGGGCCAAUCUGUGUUAAAAUAUGCUGCUGUGGUUGGGCACACUUUCCUAUAGUUAAGAAAAGUGCAGAGACAAAAUAGCAAAACAAAUGGAACUUUUGUUCAUGAAAGCAGCUGUGAAUUGUAGGUGGGUUGCAGUCUCCCUGAGCAGGCCCAUUUAUAAAUGGCAGGAAACAUGUUUGGGGAUGGGUAAUGAGAGGCAAUCCCUUGGGAAGGGUACAGUUGGUGUAGUACAGUGUCUAGUAUAUAUUUGAAUAGGGAGAACACUUGGUGAAUGAAUGCACCUUCCAUUCACUAGAAGCUGAGCUUUUGCAGCAGGGAACCUUUUCUAUGCAUGUAAACUCCCUGUGUGGUUUACACCCAUGAUCUAAGUAGGUGUAGGGCAACCUGCACAAGUAGAACUGCUUUCCCUGCAUGAAGCAGGCUACAGGGUAAAGGAAAUGUGAUACAUCUGGAAGCGGUGGAGGGUGACGGUAACUGAAGAAGAGAUACGGAAUCAAACCAAGGAGCGGGUGAAUGAUUGGGGCAGGCAAAAUAUAGGCGACAAAGCCCACAAACAGUGGCUGCAGGGAGGAUCCUCUGUCAUCACCCCAUUUCCAAGUUCAGGAGAAGAGAGAAGAUUGCCAUAUCUGAUGGGUUGGGGUGGUAAAGGGUGCUCUCCAAGGUGAGUAUUGCAAACAAAUUUAUUGGCAGCUGUAUGAAAGAGAAGGCAGGGUCUUUAAAAAACAACAACCCUAGAGUUUUAGAUGUAGUUUAAUAGGGCAGAUAUUGGGGAUAAAGUGAGAGACAAGGGAACUCUUAACAGCUUAUAGCAGCAGCAGCAACAACAAUAGAUCUACAAUACAAAAUAGCCAGGUGAUGGUGGUGAGUUAUUUGGUGUUUCAAAAAGAUGGGAAGGGGAAAAAGACACAACUCAAAAAAAUUCAUUUUAAAACUGUCCUGCCAUUGACACUGAUGGUGUUUAUUUUAAAAAAAAUAUAAGAAUUUUGCUCUGAGUAACUGUUUUGUGAUGCUUUUUCUUUUUCUUUAGUCGGACACCUGGUAACUGCCAGAACUCUGCAAAUGAUGUGGAUCUUUUAGGGCCAAACCAGAAUGGAUCUGAGGGCUUAGCCCAGCUAGCUAGUACGAAUGGUGCCAAGCCUGUGGAGGAUUUCUCCAACAUAGAGUCCCAGAGUGUUCCACUGGAUCCCAUGGAACAUGUUGGCAUGGAGCCGCUUCAGUUUGAUUACUCUGGCACUCAGGUACCUGUGGAUUCAGCUGCAGCAACUGUGGGCUUAUUUGACUACAAUUCUCAACAACAGGUAGAUCUUGCAUUGAUUAAUAUUGAUCCUUCCCCCCACCCCCCAUUUCUGUCUCCUGCAGGGCAUGGGUUUGCACACACAAACCUAUGCACCUGGAAUAACCUCUGUGUCCCAACCAUGCAACUUUUUCUUUUGAUAUGUAUAAAACGGCUGGAUAUCCCCAUCCCUUUCCCCCUCCCUUGAUAUUUCUAACUCCUCUGAGCACUUGCACUAUAGGUUAAGCAUAUGGGUUGUGCACUUCAAAGCUAGGGUCAUCAUAGCUGAGGAGCUUACUCUGCUCAGUAAAUGAACAUCAGCUUUGGUUUGCUGGCUAAAGUGUAGGAGGAUCCGUGUAGCGAGAGCUAGUUUAUAGAAGUGUAUAUUUUAUAAAAUAUUAUCCUGCGUUUGCUUUCCACUUCAUUCUAUUACUAUAAGAUCCUUCUGUACCCAUUCGUUGCACAGUCCUUUUGUGGCAGGAGCCACAGCUGUAUUCUCAGGAGGGUCAUGAAGUAAGAAAAAUAUGCAGCUUAGCUCUUUGAUGACUGCAUACAGAGUUGUCACUUGGGACGCCCCACCCCCCUCGCAGCAGGCAUUAGACUGGCGGAAAGUGAGAAAGAAAUAUGAGAGUAACUCUAAGCAGAUUGUGACCCUCUGAGGCAACAAGGUGCUAACAUUCAUAACAUUAACAGCACUGGAUUGAAAAUAACCUGCCAGACACAUUUUGAAUCUUUUCUGACUAGGCUUUAAUUGGAUGACCUAGGCCUGGUGCCUACCAAGUUUAGCCCAGUUGGAGAAAAGUUCACACAACUACCUUUCAACUGAGAAUUUUAACUGAGUUGUAAAACACAUCUUUAAAUUUGAUUUCUCAGCUGUUCCAAAGACCGAAUGCACUCGCUGUUCAGCAACUGACAGCAGCACAACAACAGCAAUAUGCAUUGGCAGCUGCUCAUCAACCGCACAUAGGUAAGUCUUUCAGUCCCUUGUUUAUCAGUAGAGUCCAGGUUGCCUUCUGUUGAUCAUCAGCAUUUUUCCAAGUUUCUUUCAAAACAGCAUUCAUUUGUUUUGAAAGGGUAAUGCAAGGGGUAAUAUAGGAACUUGGGUUGGUGGGAUUGGGGGUUGGAAAGGUUUGAGAUUCCACUGUUUGUAACUCUGGCAGGGUGUGAGCAUCAUAUUUUUGGCUCACUCAUGUCUAGCAAUGAUGACACUCUUGCCCUCACUGAGAACAUUGGUUCUGUAAUGAGAGUUUUUUUAAAGUACUCAUUUGCUCUGAGCCAGACAUGAACAGGCUACUUGCAAUAUUCAAACCAGUUGUAGUUAAAUAAUUCCGUGUUUUUCUCCUGAAAGCCCUCUUUGAAUAGACCCAACAACGUGGAUUAGCAAUGCCCAUUAUUUCUGGUUCUCCUAACAAAACUGGUUGAAUACAUUCUUUGUUACCGUGCUCUCACAUUCUUUCCUUUGCACCAUUAGAAAAUGGAUAUACAUGUAAUUGCUUAUAUGGGCAUUUGGUUGAAGGGCAAACGUCCAUAUUUGCAAUUAAUAAUGAGAGUUGAGUAAAUAAGUAAUUCCUGGGUUUGAUCCAAACACUGUAAGUAAGAAUAAUCACUUCCACCUCCAGGGUUUACAUUCCCUUUUAAAUUGUGAUCAGUACAAUUUUCCAUUAUAAGAGCUUCAGUGUUGCAUUAUAUUUAUUUUACGCUAGAUUUUCAAAAGACCAUUUAACCUAUAUUUUGUAAGAUUUAUAUAUGUUGUCAUGCAUAUUUUGAAAUGUAUAUGCAAGGGCAUACAAGCAUCUGUUUGCUUGUUUUUUCCUUCAGUUAUUUUGUUUUGCUACUUAAUAUUCCUUGCAUUCAUUGUUGGUGUCCCAGAAAGGGAUAUGUGGAUGCCUGAGAGAAAAGUUCACACCGAGAGCUUUGCCCCCUAACUUCCCUACAGAUGUUCUCUCCUGAAGAGGCAAGCUUCUCUGUAAACUGCACAGCUGCUUGUCUCCGAGGUGCAAACAGCUUCACAAGAAAGCAUGCCUCACAGUGUGCACAUAUUGUGUCCCCAUAUGGUGUCCCCCUGCUUCUUUUUGUAUCCUGCCAGUGUGUGUAUCCUGUCUGUUUUAGGACUUCCUACUUCUCCAGUCUAUUAUUAAUAUGCCUUUGCAUUGUUCUGAAUUCUUCUAAGAGAAUUCUCAGAGUCACAAAGGAAGAUACACACACAUGAGUAAUAAGGUUCUUGGUAGAAGUAGUUAGUGUGAUGCUAGUGUGAUGUUUGCUGUGACUAAUUUCCAGAUAUCCCUGGAAUAAUUUUUGUUUUUAUGAAGUGGUUUUCAUCUUUUCAAUUUCACGGCGUCCCAGAGCCGACACAAAAAUCUAGGAAGCUUUCAACAUCUUACAGCUGAACGUGAACAUUUGUAUAUUUUACAUGCUCUCAUCUGAUUAAAGAAACCUUGGUCAGUAAAUUGUAUCAUCUUCAAUUAGAUCUGCAGAUGAGAGAAAAACAACAACAUUGUUCUCAUGUGGCCUUCCACAACCUGGUGCCCCCUAAAUAUUUUGAGCCAUCAUCAAAAUCAUCCCUGACAAUUGGCCAUGCUGGCUGGAGCUAAUGAGAUUUGAAGCCACAGUAACAUCUGUAGGGCACCAGGUUGGGAGGUACUGUUCUAAAGGGGGGGGGAAUGCUCUGUUUUUGAAUGAUGUACACAUGUAUUACAACAGGCAUUCUCUUACAAAAGAGGAAGGGCAUUACUCCUCCGAGACAUCACUUGCCACCUUCGGUUCAUACCCACCAGUUAAUCAUGGCUACCUUUUUAGUCAAUGGAAAUUAAUAGACUUAAGAGACGGCAACCCUAAUCACUUGUUUUCUGAGUGAAGCGUCUGACUUUUACAGCUCAAAUUUUAGACCCGUGUCUUUUUCCAUGAUAGAUAAGUCAGCUCAAUCUCCAAGACACGCACGCACACACGCAAUUCUCUCUCACAUACUCACGUUUUGGUAGGGUUGCAGUUCUAGUCAAGUUUGUUUUUACUGACAGGUAUGUUUUCAGCAGGUUUAGCUCCUGCUGCCUUUGUGCCCAAUCCGUACAUCAUCAGCGCUGCUCCUCCAGGAACGGACCCCUAUGCGGCAGGGCUUGCCGCAGCUGCAACAUUAGGUGAGAUGCUUAAUGAGAUGUAUGGUUAUUUUUAAUAAAAUUAUCUAUCUAUCUAUCUAUAUAUAAAAUGCUGUAAGUUGGGGGAGUUUUCUGCUCAUGGGUAGAAAGUUUUUACACCUUGCAGUAGAGCACUGCAUGAGAAAGCAUAAAACUGAACCCAAAGAUGUUUUGCUUCUGAAGCACAAGUAGCAGCAUGAGAACAACGGUAGAACUGACCUGUUAUAGCACCAACCUAUCAUAGCGCUGUUUUUCUUCUGCUCGUGGUUGUUUGGCUCAAUUUUUGCUACUGAACACCGUGUCAAAAGUGACCCUGUGAGUUGGGUCUCAUGUAGGUCUUACUUGCAUGCAAGGACUCUCUUGCGUUCGAGCAUCUUCACAGCUUAAGCAGCUGAAACCAUAGCAAGCUUAAGAUAAUAAGGGAAGUCAUACAAGGCUUGGACAGCUGGGGUUAACGCUCUCUCCCCCCACCCCUCCCCACCCCUUUACCGUAUACUGUUGCACUUCUGUGGGAAGGAAGUAUCCCCUUUCAAAAUGAAAUAUCAGAUGGAUGUCCAGCAGAUACGCAACGUUGUUUAAAGCAUAAGUUAGAUUGUAUGAGUUCAUCAAUAUUCUCUUGCGAAAUUGGUCUGGGAGGUGAGAAACUAUAGCAGGAUCGCCAUGGUAGAGUGGAUUUCUUAAAUAAAGGACUUGUGAUGACAUUUUCGUAACCACGUUUUAAAUAUUGGAGCCACGGGGCUAUUUUAUUUGUUAUACUGAAAUGAAGUGGGGAGCAUCCUCUAAAAAGCCUCCAAUUGCUGGGUUUUUCCCCCUGCUCUCCUACUUUCCCUAAUCCAGGCCAAAAUAUCUAGAGUUGAAGCUCUGGGACUACCAGAGGCUGGAGGGUGCAUGGGAAAGUGGUCUAUGCUGCUGCACUACCCUGAGUGCCAGCUGUUAGGUGGGAGGCUGAGCAGCUGAACCUGAAUUGGAAAUAGAAAGAGGGAGCACAUGAUUAACCCCACCUUUUUCUGCCCCAUUCUGAGGCAGCCAUAGUUGGGAGGCCAUUUCCAUAAUUUUUGGAAAGUGGAGGUGUGAAAGCACAGCACUUCUCACAUGGCUCUGUCCCAAAAUGUGUUUAAAUAUAGGAAAUUUCAUGGAACAUAGCCAAGGACCUGGUUACUUGAGCACCACCAUGGGAUGCUGUUGUUAUGUAGAGUUACCAUGACAUAGGCCCAUCCCAUUAUCUCAGGCCCUAUUUAUCUUUUUAUCAAUUGGUCUACUCAUGUCUAGCAAUGAUGACACUCUUGCCCUCACUGAGAACAUUGGUUCUAUAAUGAGAGCUUUUUGUAAGUACUCAUUUGCUCUGAGCCGGACAUGAAUUUUCACCUACUUGCAAUAUUAAAACUAUUUUAAGGAGAUGCAUACUUUUAUCUUGAAGCCCUCCUUGAAUAGAUGCUGGUGGUGGUUGAUAAACGCUGCUCAUUCUUCUCUUCCCUUCUAGUAAUACAUAUGUUACUAGAGAAGCAUGGAAUUGGAGUUAAUGGGGAAGUGGCAGUAUAAUGGCAAUACAAUCUGGUGCCCAGCUUUUAGAGCUGGUGGGAUGGGUUGUAAAUGUGUGACAUGCUGAUCUAUCAUCUUUUGACGAUGAGAAGUUUGUGCUGUCAUUAUGACUAUGUGGGAGAUUUUGUGUGAAUGCCUAGAGUGGUGGCUUUGGUUAUUUGGAGCCUGGAUCCAAACUCCUGCUCAGCCAUGAAUCUUCAGCUUAUGUGUUAGUGUGGUGUAGUCGGUAGAGCAGGAAUGUGGAGCCUGUGGCCCUCCUUAACUGUUGUUGACUACAACUCCCAUCAUCCCUAUCCAGUGGCCAUGUCAGCUGGGGCUGAUGGGAGUUGUAGUCAAACAGCACCUUUAGGACCACAGGUUAUCCAGCUCUGGGACAGAGUGUUGAACUUCAGCUAAGCAGGCUUGGGUUCAAAUUCCCACCGAAAUGGAAGAGCAAUAUUUUUAUCCAGGAUAAAAGAGGAUGUAGAACUAUUCAUAUACGUUUGAACUCCAUGUAAGACAGGUGGGAAAAGCAUGUAAUGAAUGUGUGCAGUAAGUUCAAAAGCAUGCUUUCAGCUUCUGUCUACUGAUCUCUUUUCUUUUUCUGGCCAGGAAAAACCAAAUUAUCAACUCCCUCUUUAGAAACAGUCAAUGCAAGCUAGUUACUUCAGUAAAUUCAAAUUACAUUUUUCGCUCCAGCAUACACACAAACAUUAAUUCGAUACUCUGCACAGCUGGUAACAACAGCUCACUUAAUUAGAGACUGUUAACACCCCAGUCAAACACGCAGGUAAUCUGGAAAAAAAAAAGCAUUAGCAAUUCAUUUAUCUAGCCACAGAUGGGGGUGGGAGGAGUUUGAUUAAAAUCUAGGUGAUUUUAAAUCAUGGUUUAAAUUGCCGUGGGAAAAGUACUGAUCUUUUAUUCAUUUAAUUAAAAUCAAGCUUUCUAUCUCAACUUCAGAUACUUCCUAAACAAAAGUUGCUUGACAUAACCUGGUCUUAUGGAUCAAGUGGGGGCUUUUGUCGGCAUUAUCCAGGCAAAUGUUAACUAUGUAACAAAAAAAGGAGAAGGAAAAAAAAGUUUUUCACUGUUUUGGCAAAUGGUACAUUAAACACUGCCUGUUUAAUAAGCCUUUAUUCACAACUUGUGUCAAAUAUUAGUGUGGUAGCUAGAUGCUAAUUACUCCACGGAGACACUCUGAUUUCAAAACAUAGAUUUCAGUUUAUGAAUAUUUAUGUCUGUCUAGAAGCCAAACAAUAACACACAUGUUUUUAUUUCUCUUGUCUUGGAAAAGCACUGUUUCUGUUUUUAAACUACAUCAUGGGUAGUUAGAGGUUGUAAGAUAGGAGAAUAGGAUCACCUAGAGAUUAAACAGGCUUAGUGGAUUGUCUUGAAUAGGUACAAGAUGUCCUUUUCUGAAGUCAUAUUCUGGAUCCCAGUUUCUGUGAUGAGCGACUAGUCCCUGUCCUCCAAUAUCAAACUGAUGUGCAUAAGAACAGAAGAAGAGCCUGCUGGAUCAGGCCAGUGGCCCAUCUAAUCCAGCAUCCUGUUCUUACUGCCACAGACCAUAUGCCUGGAGCGUUCUGCCUCCUAUGGUGUCCAAAACUGGUAUUCAGAAGCACUGCUACCUCCUAACUGGAGGGCAGGGUAUAGCCCUUAUGGCAGGAAGCCAUUGACAGCCUUCUCCCCCACGAAUCUGUCAAAUCGCCUUUUAAAACCAUCUAGGUUGGUGGCCACCAGUGCCUCCUGGGUGAAUGAGUUCCAUAGUAAGUGGUGUGUGAGGAAAUACUUACUGUAGUUUUAUCUGUCCUGAAUCUUCCAACAUUCAGCUUUUUUGGAUGUCCAGGAGCUCUUGUAUUAUGAGAAAGGAAGGAAAACCUUUCCCUAUCCACUCGCUCCAUGCUGUACAUAAUUUUAUAAACGUCUAUCGUGUUACUUCUUACUCAUCUUUUCCCCAAAAUGUAAGAUGUUCCAAAUGCUGCAGCCUUUCUUCUUAGGCGAAAUGUUCCAUCUCCAUCAUUUUGGCUGCCCUUUUCUGAUCCUUUUUCAACAAGACAAUAUCCGUUUUGAAGUGAGGCAACCAGAACCGUACACAGUAUUCCAAAUGAGGUUGUGCCGUAGAUUUGUGUAACAGUGUUAUGAUAUUGGCAUUUUUAUUUUCAGUUCCUUUCUUGAAUUUCCUAUCAUGGAAUUUGCCUUUUUCAAGGCACACCAGGUUGGCAUCUCCAUCGAGCUAUCUACUGUGACCCCAAGGUUUCACUCCUGAUCAGUCACUGCCAGUUCAGACCCCAUGAAAUGGGAAAAAAAUUGGGGCCCGAAUGCAUUACUUUACACUUGUUCACAUUGCUUUGCUUUUGUCAUUUUACUGCCCACUCAGUUUGGAGAGGUCCUUCGGGAGCUCUUUGCAAUCUCUUUUUGUUUUAACAACCCUGAACAAAGUAUCAUCAGCAAACUUGGCCGCCUCAUUCCUCACUCUUAACUCUAGAUUGUUUAUGAACAAGUUAAAAAGGACAGGUACCAAUAUCAGUCCCUUGAGGACUCACUUUUGACAUCUCUCCAUUCAGAGAACUGUCCAUUUAUUCAUUCUGUUUGCUUCCUGCAACUUAACCAAUUCCUGAUCCACAAGAGAACGUCUCCUUUUAUUCCUUGGCUUGCUAAGCUUAUGCAGGAGUCCUUGGUGAGUUAUUUUGUCAGAAGCUAUUGUUUAUCAGCCAGAUCCCCUCUAUAUCUAUAUGCAUGUUGACACUCUGCAAAUGUAUAUUUUCUUUCCCUGUGAUUUCUUGUUAACAAAGGAAAAGACCUUUAGCUCAAUUUGUUUAAUACUGAGCGCUGUGUUUGACAGAUGGUCAUUCUUUAUAGUUUUAAGUCAUUAUAAGUGUAGACUUCACUUCUAACACAUUGAGUCAAACUAGGCAUAACAUUAAUUUAUUUCAAAUGUCUAAAAUAACUGCUACAUGUAUUUUAUUUCAAAUGUCUAAAAUAACAGCUACAUGGGUGGGGGGGUUAACCCUUUCUCCCCAAUGCUACAGUCCCAUCAAAAAUCCCAUUUAGAAGAGCUAUAAUUGAUCUCUUGAGGGGCGGGGGCAGGGGCUAGCUUUUGGCAGGACCAUGGCAUGGGGGUUGGCCUUUUGCUGGCAACCUUACAAUCCUCCUCCUCACUGUUGCCAUGGGGGGGGGGGGAAUAAUCCUAAAAACAACAAGUAAGGAAAUGAUUCCUUUCCACAGCUAUUACUUUAGAUGUUUUCAAAAAAGACACAUUAAGGACAUCCAUACACUUUACACCAUCCCUUAGUACUGUGUUUAGAUUUCAUUUCCCAGGCUAUUCUAAUUAAAUGAACAUGAGGUUGUUAUGGUUUUUUUAAAACUAAAUAAAUACCGUAUUUUUUGCUCUAUAAGACUCACUUUUUCCCUCCUAAAAAGUAAGGGGAAAUGUGUGUGCGUCUUAUGGAGCGCAUGCAGGCUGCGCAGCUAUCCCAGAAGCCAGAACAGCAAUGAGGCGGCCAAGUUUGCUGCUUUCACUGAGCAGUGAUCCCUCUUGCUGUUCUGGCUUCUGAGAGUCGGAAUAUUUUUUUCCUUGCUUUCCUCCUCCCAAAACUUGUGGUCUGGUGUGUCUUAUAGAGCGAAAAAUACGGUAAAUCAAAACCAAACUUUACUUUAAAAGAUUUUUUUUUUGGUCUCUUGUUGCCCUGAAAGAUUUGGGGAACAUUUGGAAAUUUGUGGCUUUCUAUGAUAAACUUAUAGAAAACAGCAGGGACUUGUCACUUUUCCAGUACCUGCAAUGUAGCGUGUUUAUAAAUAAGUAGAUACUGAAAUGUCACCGGGCAGCAGUUUGGACAAGCAAUAGCCACAGAAUGAUACAAAGCUCUGCCAUCCAGCACCUUUUCAAAGGCUGAAUUGGGAACCAAGCCAGGCUAAACAGCAGCAUUGGAGGGUGGUUGUAAGCAAAGACCUUUCCAGCGAAAUGGUUGAGAGAAGAAAUAACAAUACAAGUACAGCAUGGGGUGCUUCAGGUUUUCAAAGACUGAAGAAGGCUGCUGCUGAAAAGUGCCCACUUGCUGGCUGAACAAACUGUAGAAAAAUGGCAUAAAUUGACAAAAUGUGCUUGACCAUGAAAAGGAUGAGAGACAAAUGGGACUUGUACGAUGGUGAGCUGGUCAAAUGUCAGCAACAGAAAAGGGUGUGAAUGGCUAAAAAAGCUGCAUUUUUUUAUUUCUGUAUGAGAACGACACACACAAACACACAGAUUCAUAUAUCUUCACUCUCCACCUUUUAUUCAUGCAUCUCAAAUAGGGGUAAUGCCAGCAAGGCAUUGUAAAUAUUUGCACCAAUAAGACAAUCCUGUCUGUUAGAAGGUUUAAAGGCUUAGUAGGAAAAGUAUAUACAUUACUUCUGAGUCAACAUACAGUGAUCCGAAAAGCUUUAUGAUCUAGAAGAGCUUUGCUAGGUCCAAAUUAGAACUUUUCAAUUGGAUGAAUGGGAAGCACAAGCAUCUUAGGUGAAAUACUUUAUCUGAGCAGGUGGAUGAUGUUCUUAAAGACUCGCAGUGCUCUUUCUGCCGAAAGUGGCAGACCAUUGGAAAUGGAGGCGCUAGUUUUGUUAUUCCACCUCCUACUCCCACCAUGGAGGAGUAAGCAAAACCACCGGCCCUUCACGGCUCUUGUUCUGUUAAUGAAUUACGCAGAAGCACCAGCAGGAGAUAAAGUCAGUCCUCUGUUGAUAUUUUAGGUCCUGCAGUUGUCCCUCAUCAGUACUACGGAGUGGCUCCCUGGGGAGUAUAUCCUGCCAGUCUCUUCCAACAGCAAGCUGCUGCUGCCGCAGCUGCAACAAAUUCCUCAAAUCAGCAGACCGCUCAGCAGACGCAGCAAGGACAGCAACAGGUGAGCACCAGUGCGCUUUUGCACCAGCCAUUAAUUGGCCUGAAUCUGCAGCCUUUUUUCAGGAACAGCUCUUUUUUAAAAAAAAAACCACGAGCCUUUCUUGCUGCAGGAAGGGCUGAAAAGAGGAAGCGGAAUUGUUGCCUAAGGAUUAAAGUACUUAAGCUGCCCCUGCUCCCUUUACAUAUGUCCUAGUUCAUCUGCAUAACUUGGUGCCAGUCAAGAAGGAGGUAGAUUCUCUGUGAUGUGUUCUGUUAAACCAGCAACGGGGAACCUGCGGCCAUCCAGACACUGUUGGACCAUGGCUGCCAUCAUCCCUAACCACUGGCCAUGCUUGUUGGGGUAGAGAUGAAGUUGGAGUCCCAAUAAUACCUGGAGGGCCACAGGUUCCCCAUUCCUGUCUUAAACCCAUAUUAGAUGCUACAAAAGUAUUGGGUGACUUUGUGGUGUUUUGAGAGGCACAGUUGUUGGCUGCUGAGUUGAUCAUCUUUAGCGACUCAUGUGGAGUUCUGAUUUCCAGGCUCCAAAGAAUCAAUGAGCAAAUUGGAAAAGGAGCAAAGGGGCCUUCUGAGGCACCUAGAUAUCACAAUGCAGUGUGUUUAUUUCAUUAACGUGGCUGCUCCAUUCACACACAAACUAUAGAGGAUGAGGAGUUCAUCUUUUUUGACAUCAAGGGGAGCAUGCAAAUGAAGGGAAUUUAAAUUAUGUCCCCUCUCCAUACCUUGCUGAGCUGCACUGCUUCAGGCAUUUUUCCUCUGCAAUCUGUCUCACUUCCUGUACUGAAGUUGAGCUGGCCAAAAAGUGCUUGAAGCAGUGCAUCACAGUGUGGAAAGGACGAGGAGCUAAGAUAUGGUUUCACUUCCCAAAUCUGCAUGCUGUAUUUCAUGUAGAAAAAGAAAAAGAAAUUGACUUCUACAGCUAGCUUUGUAUGUGAACAGGGCAGAAGCGCAAAUGAAUAUAUGCCGUUGCCCUUUCAUGCCUAGUUUACCUUGGAGGGGAUUUAAAGGCUGUUCAUCUGAGCACAGACUUGAAAAAGCUGUGAACGCUUCCUCCAGGGAAGAGAUGAAAUCUUUGAGGUGGAGGUGGCAGCAGAGGGUUGUGUGCUGACAGUUCGUAAACCCUUAAGACUUGAGUACGGCAAGAAGUGGGUUUAAAAUUGCAAAAUGUAGAUUAUGGUUACAUUGUAGCAAAAACGUCAAGAUCAAUUUAGCAAAUCAGAAUCCAUUUUUUCUAAACUUGCUACAAGAGAGUACUGCAGAGCCAGUGUGUUGUAGCUGUUAACAGUGUUGCACUAGGUCUGUGGAGACACCAUUCACAUUGCAACUCAGCCUUGAAGCUCACUUUUGGUGACUGUCAGCCAGUUGUAGUCUCUCAGUGUAGCCUACCUUACAGGAUUGUUAAGAAGAUAAAAGCAUGUGAGAGAGGAGGGGAGAGAAUUAAUUAUACCACUAUCUUGAGCUCCUUGGAGAGAAAUAUGUAAUGUGAAAGUAAUAAUAAACCAAAAUUCUGAAAGUUGCUCAUUAAUCAGGGUUUAACAAUGGUCCCAGUAUUAGGGACCAUGGACCUGGUAGGGUUGUCUCAGACAUUUGGGGUUGGUUGGUGCCUGUUGUGCUAGUGUAGCAUCAAUGGAAUAGGUUACUGAAAGCUGGCAGGUAGAACGUGUUUAUGUGUAUUUGUGUAUAGUAAUGGAGAAGAGCAUCUUUCUUUGGUCACCCCAGUUGUCCUCAAAGGUCUGGCAGUGAUGACACUCUUGCCCUCACUGAGAACGCUGUUCGGUAAUGAGAAUCUUGCUUUGUACUCAGGUGUGCUGAGCUGGACCUUCUUAAACAGAAAGCAGCAACAAUGUUAAAAAUUGCCAGUUUCUUCCUUUGCCCAUUGAAAAUGCAUCCGUCCCCUUUUGAUAUAUCCAAGACAAGAGUGCAUAUUUAGGAAUAUAUUUUUAUAGCAUGGAAAAGGUAAUAAAUUCUACAGCCAUUGCAAGACCUCCCUCGGUAAAACUGAAGUAAAAUACCUUAAGUUUAUUGCUAUUUAUUGCCAAAGGAAGUUCAGGCUGUAUUUUAAAUUAGAUCUGCUUCUAGAAGUUUGGAGAAUUGAGGAUUUCAGUCUGUUAAUUCUCGAUUAGUCAAAAGUCCACACAUUUCAGCAGCGCUUGGUAGCCAGUGUUUGUUUUUUCCUAGUAACCAAUGAGGCUGCUUUUUCACUUCCUGCUCUUUUUUUUCACUUUUUUUUACCGGGAAUGAUUAGAAUGUGUGUGUUUGCAGUCCCCUCCAACCUAUGACGCUGAUGUAGCAUGGCAGCACAGAAUGUAGACGAAGUAUUUUGAAAGCGGCACCCUCUUGUUUCUCUGUGCUGCCAUUGAAAAGCCACCGGAAUGUAUGAAACCUUUGGUGUAUACUAGAGGCUUUUCCUGUUGCUUGCCAUAAUCAAAUUUGCAGUAGCCACUGGCAGUCAUAUUCCCAGACCACUGUGGCUAACCAGCUAUAAGGAUUGCAUAACUCCAUUUGCUUUCUGUGCCUUAGGUUCUCCGUGGAGGAGCCAGCCAGCGCCCUUUGACACCAAAUCAAAACCAACAGGGCCAGCAAACUGACUCAUUAGUGGCUGCAGCAGCAGUGAAUUCGGCUCUUGCUUUUGGGCAGGGGCUGGCAGCAGGAAUGCCAGGUAGGAGCUUUUGGUUCCUCGUAGCAGCAGAUCUUCCUAAGCUGUAAAAGGAGCCUAGAAUUUUUUUCGGGGCGGUGGACACCGGGCACAUUGGGGGCAUUGCAUUUAAUAGACAGUAGAGGGGAGUGUUAUGUAAAGUCUCUAAUAUGAUCAACUGACCUGUUUUUGUAGGUUAUCCAGUGCUGGCUCCUGCAGCUUACUAUGACCAAACAGGUACUCUUGUGGUGAAUACAGGGGCUAGGAAUGGCCUAGGAGCUCCGGUACGACUAGUGGCCCCUGCUCCUGUCAUCAUCAGUUCCUCAGCAGCACAAGCAGGUAAGUCUCCCUAUAAUAGUUUGGGAUAGCAGUGAUUUCCUGUACUUCCAUAUGUUUGUGAUUGAUAUAGUCAGCGUAUUAGAAAUCCAGUGAAGCAAUGGCCCUCCUAUAGAAUUCAAAUUAUAUUGAACAUUGAAGGUGGUGUCAUUUUACAUGUCUAGGAAGGCACAGCACACACUAAACUAAAAAGUCACAAGCUAAAGCUUUGUGGUUCAAAAAACCUGGCUAAAAUAAAAAAGUGUAAAAUUAUAGAGUUGGAAGAGACUGCAAGGGACAUCUAGUCCAACCCCCUGCAAUGCAGGAAUCUUUUGCCCAAUGUGGGGCUCGAACCUACGAGCUUGAGAUUAAGAGGCUCAUGCUUUACCGACUAAGCUGUUUCUCUUCUUCCCACACCAUUUGGCCCCAUCCUGGGGCCCAGCCAGAGCAGAAAAUGUUUCAGCUAUGAUUUUGACUACCCUCACAAAUGUGAAGUCAAGAGUAUGGGCAAUAUUUCUAGACAUGUAAAUGAAUUUACAUAAGAGAGGAAGGAAAAGGCGAGGCUUUGACUUAACCUUAAGUGCUGCCCAGGAUCCUAGUGUAAAAGCAGCUGAACCACUUUGUGAGGAGCGCCAUCAAAAGCUGCAUCAGUGUGAGCAGUCAGUUGUAUACACAGUCUAAUACAAUUAUAUUUAAUUUUAGAAGAAGGGAUGUCUCAGAACGAGGGCAGUAAUUUUAUGGAAAGCUGAAAAAAAGACAGUUGGGAGGUUUUAAAUCCUUUCAUUACAUCCAGAGCUUAUUUAAGACCAAUACAAUAAAGGCUUACGUAAAAUGUAUACUGCUACAAAUUGGAAAUGGCAAAACACAAAGCAAGUACCUGAAAAUGUUGGCGUGAUUGAAAAGCCAGAGACGGUAAUAGGCACAAAUGUUUCCUGUAAGGCAGCCUUCACCAACCUGGUGCUCUGCAGAUGUUUUGGAAACAUGGCUCAUUUCCAAUGGGAUCAAAGAGGAUUGUAGUCCAAAACAUCUGGAGAGGGGCACCUGCUUUAGUAAGACCACCAGAGGUGAAAAGAGCACAAACUGGCAAACAACAUACCUUGACCAUAAAUCAAGCCAAGAUGCAUUAGCCAAUUGCUAACGUGAGAGAAGCUAAUAAUAGUUUUCUUCAUAUGCAUUAGGAAAACUGCCAGAGAAGCAACAGGACCAUUAGACAGAUGAAGUGGUUUGCCAGGGGAAUAGCAGGCAACCUUGAUGAAUUCUUAGCAUCAGAAUUUGCAGCAGAGUUCAGAAAUGCAUGCGCCUGAGCCAUUUUUUCCUUUCUGAAGUAAACUUGAAGAAAAACAGAGAAAAUAGUACAUCAGGACUCCUGGCGAGAAGUGAAUGCAUGUUAAUGGUCUAUGGCAGUAGACUAGGACUCCUGGCAGGACUCAAGGUCUACCAUUCAUAGUCAGUGGGCUUCUGGCAGGACUUCCGCGCCAAGCCUGGCCCAUGCAUUGUUGGUAACAACUAAGACAGGGGUGGCGAUUGUGGUGCCUUCCAGAUGUUUGACCACAACUCUUAUCAGCCCUAGCCAGCAUGACCAAUGGUUGGGGGUCAUGGGAGUUUGUAGUUCAAAACAUGUGUGGAGGGCAACAAGAUGGUGAAGGCUGCCAUAAGCCAAGGUAACAAAAAUAAAAUUCCAAAAUUUAAAAAAAAAUUCCUGUAUCUUGGGCUUUUUUAACGUUUUACCUCAAAUUGAAAUUAAAGGCACACUUCACUUAUGCCUUCAGCGAUCUGCUUCUUAUAAGAGCUGUUUAUGCUCAGAGCAGCCCAGCAGUGCUGCCUCCAGUCUGGGAUGGGGCGAGCUCAGAACUGAUAACAGAGAAAAGGAGGCAACCCUUGAUUUAAGAGAGACAACACAACUGCUUUCCUCUGUGGAGGCUGAUUGAAAAGAGAGAGGUCAGAGCAGUAAAUCCAUGCAGAGAUGUUGCAGUCAGCCUUUUCUAACUUCAGGUUUACGGGAACCUUUAUAAUUUGUUACGUUUAUGCUUUGCGGCACACCUGGGAAUUGCUGACCUAGGUGCUAGGUGGAAAUGGUUGCUGACCUGUUUUGUGGAGUAAACGACAGGUGAUGAUGGCACAGAUGAUGGAAAUGUAAAAUGGGAGCGCACUAUAAGCAGGUUUCCCAAAUUGCAUUUUGUUUGUUUGUUUUAAAAAACUUUUUUUCUUCUUUUUGGUAGCAGUUGCAGCUGCUGCUGCUUCAGCAAAUGGUGCUGCUGGCGGUCUAGGAGGAACGACCAAUGGACCAUUUCGCCCUCUAGGGACUCAACAGCCACAGCCACAGCAGCAGCCCACCAGCAACCUGGCAUCCAGCUCCUUCUAUGGCAACAACUCCCUAACAAGCAAUUCCCAGAGCAGCUCGCUCUUUUCUCAGGGCUCUGCCCAGCCUGCCAACACUUCCCUUGGCUUUGGGAGCAGCAGUUCCCUUGGUGCUACACUGGGGUCUGCGCUGGGAGGCUUUGGAACAGCAGGUAGGAGUUGUGGUUGUCUUGAAGGGGAGGGCUGUGUGUGAUGGGCGAGAACAAGCAAAUCAGUUCUGAAGAAAUUGAACCGUUGUGCCCUUGAUAUACCCAGUAGCAGAAAUCUACUGCCUGUAGAUCAUGUCUGAUGGUUUCAGUUGCCACAUGCCUUACGUAUGUACCAAGGAAUGUUUUCUUUCUCUGCCCUUUCUCCAAAAGAGCUUAGGGGUGCUAGUCCAUAUGGUCCUCCUCGUUUUCUCUAAACAGCUGUCCUGCAAUAACUAGCUCAGGGCCCUCCAGUAAGUUUUAUUGCCAAAUGGGGAUUUGGAGCCAGCCCUCCUCCAUCUUAUUCCCACUGUUUCGUACAGCUCUCCACUAAAUGUGCAGUGUAAAAUGUGGAUCAGGAGAAAGCUAUUCAUCCUGGGCAUUCUGUUAACUUUACAGAGUUCUUAAAUGUCAUGUUCAAAUAUCUCCAUAUUUCUUCUGUUUGCACUUCUCCUAGGCCAAAGCGUAGUACCUCUCCUUUUAAUAUCCAUAUCCUCCCUUUCCCAAUUGUUCAAUGCCCCAAUCAGAUUUAUCCUCCCAUUUCUUCCUUUUGCAGUUGCAAACUCUAAUACAGGCAGUGGCUCUCGCCGAGAUUCUCUAACGGGCAGCAGUGACCUGUACAAGAGGACAUCUAGCAACCUGACUCCUAUUGGGCACAGUUUUUAUAAUGGCCUUGGGUUUUCCUCUUCUCCGGGGCCUGUUGGCAUGCCUUUGCCUAAUCAAGGACCUGGCCAUUCUCAGACUCCACCACCACCCUUAUCUUCCCACGGAUCUUCUUCCAGUUUAAACCUUGGUAAGGGGGGUAUUACUGCUGUUGCUCUGGGGUGGAAAUAGGGAUGUCUGUCUUCAUGCUUCUGAGCGACAGUUUGGGAAAAUCAUAUCUCCGCUUAGAAGAUAGGCCAAGAACAAGCUAUGUAUGAACUUUUUGUUUCCACAUGUCCCUUCGCUCUGAGCUGCAGUUAAACUAGAAAGCCCCUGAUUUAACCAGCUUUCCAUUUUGUUCCAACCAGGAAACUAUGAUUACCAGCUUUGGAAGAAGGCAGGUUAUUAAACCACAAUAUGAAGUUGGCUUAAUAUUUGACCUUAUUCCAAGAGCCUGGUAAUCAUGAUUUCCAAGGUCAAAUGAAACAGGGAAACUGAUUGGUUAGAGGCUUCCUGGUUUAAUCAUGGCUCAUAGUGAAGGGGCUGUGUUUGUGGGCAGAAAACCUAUGCUUUCAAUUGUGGCCCAUUGUUUGGGUAAAGUACUGCUUAACCAUUGUGGUUGCCUAUUUGGCUUGCUCUCUGCAUAUCCUGAAAGAAAUUGAAUGUCAUAUAUUCAUAAUCGUUGGUGUCACCUCACACUAAUAGCCUGUUACAAGUUAUGGAAAACAUUCAAUUUUUUGAAAAGGUUUAAUAGAUUUUCUGAUCCUCCAAGAAAUCCAGAAUUAAAAUUUAAACCUGCUGUCCAUGUUGCAUGACAUGAUAGUAUAAACAGGCUCUAAGAAGCAGCACAUUUGGUUUUUUCCCCCCUGGGCAACAAAUGUACAUGUUAGAUGAGUUUCUCAAUAUUUUGCCAUCAUUUCAUGUCCUCCUUGUUGUGGAGAAACUACUGUGAGUUAUUUACAACACCACCACACACACAUGGUAUGUUCCAAAUGUCUUGCACUUAAUCUACUGUAAGGAAAAUAAUCUGGACUUACAUGAAUGACAAAGAGGAAGUGCCAUCUGUGUAUUUGUGGGGUGGGUUUCUAUAGAAGUUAAUCCUUAAACAGAAGCAUAGGAAAGCACCUUAUACUGAGUCAGACCAUUGGUCCAUCUAGCUCAGUGUUGUCUACACUGACUGGCAGUGGCUCUAAAAUUUCAGGCAAGGGUCUUUCCUAGCCUUUCCACUCACAAAUUGAUUGCACUAUAUUGCCUUAUUCAUGUGUUUCUAAUAAAUCAUGCUGCAGGCUGAAAUAAUAUGCUGUGCCACAUGUCAUGACGUGCAGCUAACACUAAGGAGUAGUGUCCAAUUAUAAUGGGCUUCAUUAAGCUUUCCACCCUUGCAUUUUUUUAAAGCAAAAAUGUGACAGACACUGGGCAAGAGGUAAUAGGUGUAUCUUAACCCCAUUCUUCAAGAUGUAAGGUGGUAUCAAGAAUGAGACACAGCAACCCCUGUCACUCAGGCACUUUCACCUUCUCUUUCACAGACGAGAAUAAGCUUUUUCUUUUAGGCUAACUACAGUUCCCAGUAAUGUCUAAACUCAGAAACUAUAGUUAAACUAUGGUUAAUAAGAACAAACGGAUCUAUAACGCAGCAUGAUUUUGGCUUUUUCACACUAACCAUAGUAUAAACAAAAGACAGUUCCCUGAGUUGUAGUGUCAGGAGGGAGUAUGGUUAGUUUAAAAGCGGAAGCACUUGAUCCCUUCUCCAUAGGUGCCAAAGAGGAAGGGAAUGCAAAAGUCUGAAUGAAACAGUCAGCCAUGCAACUUUUGGGUUGCAGUGUUUAGAUUUCUCCUUAUUAGAGGAGAAACCAUGCUCUGCCCUGGUUGCAGUCUGGGUUAAAAAAAAAAUACAUACAUUGUAUUCACAGCCCUAAUUCUUUCCAGUCAGCUCCCUGUUUACUGUAGUAUUUCGACAAGGAUUUUAAAACUAAAAUCACGGUCCCCUUGCAGGAGGGCUUCCAAACGGAAGUGGCCGUUACAUCUCUGCUGCCCCUGGAGCUGAAGCCAAGUAUCGCAGCGCAAGCAGUGCCUCCAGCCUCUUCAGCCCCAGCAGCACACUCUUCCCUUCACGUGUGCGUUAUGGGAUGUCGGACGUCAUGCCCUCUGGUCGCAGCAGGCUGCUUGAGGACUUCCGUAAUAACCGGUACCCAAACCUACAGCUGAGGGAGAUUGCCGGGCACAUCAUGGAGUUCUCCCAGGAUCAGCAUGGAUCCAGGUGAGAUGGGGAAGCUAAUUGAGAACAAAUCACAGGGUUGCCCUUUUGCACAAACACUCACAGGUAUGUAGGGACAAGUGGGCAUAUGAACAUCAACCUUACCUGUAGUGUCCUCUGGCAUGCUCACUCCACUGCAGCCUUCCCAUGUUGAAGGAGAAGGUCUAAAGGGGGCUUCCUAGCAUGUUCAACUGAAGGUGCUUAGAAACCACCUUGCAGCCAGGACCCUUCAUCUGCAGGGAAUCUAGGGAUGUGUCCUAAUGCCUCUUGUGGAAGGCACCGGGAUGUGUUGGGCUUGUUUUCUUCAGCUCUCUGCUAGUGGCAUACUCUAAUUUAACUCAUCUGAGUUAAAAUAGGCAUGGAGUUUUUAUACAGAGGGCAGGGGGUUAGACCAGAAUAUCUCUGUGGUUCUUCUCCAGUUUGCAGCUGAUCCUCAAUUAAGCAUGUGAGGCAGCUGAAUGACUUUCGUCAAAAUUUCAGCUCAGAUAAAACCAUAAACCCAUUCUUUUUAAUUGCAACCUCUGCAGAUUUAUCCAGCUUAAACUGGAACGUGCCACCCCAGCGGAACGGCAGCUUGUAUUUAAUGAAAUCUUACAGGCAGCUUAUCAGCUGAUGGUUGAUGUAUUUGGAAACUAUGUGAUCCAAAAGUUCUUUGAGGUGAGUCAUAUCCACGAUGCUAACUAUUUCUAGUAGUUGAACUGCUUCCAUCUUAAAAUAAGAGGACAAUCUUAUUUUGAUUCUAAUCUGUAUGCUAUCAUUCCCUCUAGUUUGGCAGCCUGGAACAAAAACUUGCCUUGGCAGAACGUAUCCGUGGCCAUGUCCUCUCCUUGGCUUUGCAGAUGUAUGGCUGCAGAGUUAUCCAGAAGGCUCUUGAGUUUAUCCCUCCAGACCAGCAGGUAAUUGUAAGUUUCCAUUUUAACUUUACUACUUGAUGUUGAAUGUUGUUGUUCAACUGAGUUACCUUGUUGUCCUUUGUUAUAUGUGUGUGUGUGUGUUGUUUUUUCUUUUAGUUUUUAUGGUGCAUCUGUUCUGUGACCUGUUUUCAGUGUGCAAAUAGUAAUAAACCUGCAGAGAUCAGGGCUAGGGAUUCAGGGUUGAGAGGAAUACUGUGAGUGAGUUUUCAGAUCAGUUCUGUCAGAAACUUACUGAAGAAAGCAUUUCUUAAGGAACUUUUAAAAGUAUGUUCUCCUCCUUUUGGAUCCUCUCUCUCGGAUCAGAGAAGUGCUGAUCAGUGGCUAGCUCUCAGCCAGAAGGAACAGCAGUUGAAGAGAUCCAACUUGCUCUCUGCCCCACAGAUUAACAGUGUGCUAUGGAAAUCCUCUCCUUGCUAACUGCAAGAAUAGAUGGAAAUGUUCCUUCCUUUGGAUGGAGCCAUAGCUGAGUGGUAGAGCACAUUUCACUGCAUGCAGAAGGCCUCAGGUUGAAUAAAAGGAUCAAUUUGCAGAUGAUAAGAAAGGGCUCUUUUCCCCUAACACUCUAGAGAACUGCUGCCAGUGGAUGAUACUGGUUUAGAUGGAGAAUUGAUUUGAGCCUGUUCGAGGCAGCUUCUUACUGCCCCAGUGUUGCUUGCCAGUUGCGAUUCUGGUGGUGCUUUCUCUCUCUCUCUCUCUCUUUGCUCCUCCUUCCAUAGAACGAGAUGGUCCGGGAACUGGAUGGACACGUGUUGAAGUGUGUGAAAGACCAGAAUGGUAACCACGUUGUGCAGAAGUGCAUUGAAUGUGUGCAGCCCCAGUCCCUGCAGUUUAUCAUUGAUGCGUUUAAGGGGCAGGUAGGUGUGUUGAGGGGCUGUGUAUUGGGGGGGGGGUUCUGUAAGAUGCUGUGGUUAUAGUGGUGAGAAUCUAUAGUGUGCUCCUUGUUUGACAGAGCAAUGUGAGCCAAAAAGAUAGGCCCCUGACCUGAGAACACUACACCCCAAAACCCCACUCUGAAUUUUCCCCGGGGAACAGGCGUUAAGAGAGUAUUCCACUUUAAUGUUAUUAAGCUUGCUCCUAAUUCCCUGCUGAAAUUGAAGGUCUGAAGCCAAAGUUAUAUAGGAGAGGGUAGAUUUUGAUCAAUGUUUAAAAGGUAGCAAUGGGUAUAUUGUAAGGGAGUUCCAGCAAUGAAGAACAGCAAAGGAGCUCCUUUCAGGAAAGCUGGUGGAGCAAAGGCUAUAGCAGGUGUAUAGCAGCAUUAUCUUUUUCUCAUGAACCCAUUUGUGACCCAGGAGACCCUUGGCUUCUCCUAUCUAAGAGCUACUUCUCCUUUCCAGAAUUGAACGAACUUUUAAAUGGUGAUAUGUAUACAUCAGGGCAAUGAAAAGGUUUUUGACAAUCUUAAACUCGCAGCUGCACCUGCCUGUUAAUAAUAAAGGUUCUGAAGUGGAGCAGGCUUUGUUUCACAGCUUUCAGAGCCUCACUCUAGCUGAAUAAUCAUCACAUACUAUACCUUUUAUGUCCUGCGGAAUAUUUCAGUUUGUUGAACUUUAGGCUGUUCUGAGUAUAAUGAGUUUUCCCCUGUCCUCACUCGUGUCUGUUGGACUCAGGUGUUCGCCUUGUCUACCCAUCCAUAUGGCUGCCGUGUCAUUCAGAGGAUCCUUGAGCACUGUCUACCUGAGCAGACUCUCCCCAUCCUGGAAGAGCUUCACCAACACACAGAGCAGCUUGUGCAGGUAGUGCUUGGGGGUAAAAGAAGGUUGCCUGCAAACCAUAGGGGCUCUUGUGCCUUUUAAGGCUUGAAUAGACUCUAGAGAUUUCCAGGGCCCGUUUUAUCCCACCACAGUGCUGGGAUUGUGGUGGAAUCUUCCAUUCUGUAAAUAAAGCUAGACAAGCCCUCUGAGAGCGUUUGGGGCUGGCAGCUCUGUUACCAAAGUUAUUUUAAAACACUCCCAGAAUGACUUGCCUAUGCUCUUACUUGGCCACCUCGGUCAGCUUCUUUCUUUUAUUUGAACAUUUAUAACCCUCUAUUUCAUAAAAUAUAAAAAUGCAGCUUACAACAUGCCGAAUCCAGCCUACAUUGCUCAUUUGCUUCACAAGCAUAUCUUCACAGCUCCUAAGGACUAGAAACUCAAAUAAAAGCUUUGAAUUCUGGAAGCCGAAUGUUGUACCCUAUACCACAUUCUGCAAUUUGUUUCUGUCCUGUCAUUUCUGUGCUCCUACAGAAUGGUAGCAAUCAUAGCCCUGAAUAUAAUAACAACCUGGACUUGGGGUGGAGAGUUCAUAAUUAAACUACGAUUGGGCUUACAAUCACAUGUGAACAAGGCCACUAGCAGUCUUUGGCAUGAUGCAAAAUAUGUGUACAUUGUGUGGUUUGGGGCCAGAUUGCCAAAAGUUAUGCUUAGGGUAAAAUAUAAGGUAAUGUUUAUAUUUAAUUUGUAAUUGUAUGAAAUAUCAACUUGGGGACCUUAUGUAUGCCACCAUGAGUUCUGAGAAGGAGAGGCUGAACGUAAACAAGUUCCCAUAUACAUCAGUAGUUUCAUUUUCAUUGUGGGUUAUUAAUCAGUAUUUGGCUAUGUCCUUAGGUGUUUUUGAAGAGCAUUAAGAACUUUUGUUGUUCCAGAAUGCAGCACCAGGUUGUUAACUGUGUUCCACUGUAUUCAUACCAUCUUACCAGUGUUUAAAGGUCUUCACUGGCUCCCAGUCUGAUCCCAGUUUCAAUUCAGAAUACUGGUUUAAAGCUCUAAAAACAGGCUGGGACAAGGUUAUCCAACGAACCGUUCUUGCGUGUAAACCUUUCUGUUCCUGAAGCUCAUCUUCUGAAAGAGGCUGUACUCCAUUUGCCUCUACCUAGGGGGGUUAGGCAGUAGGAGGUGGCAUGGGACAGAGCCUGUUAAGUGAUGGUGCCCCAUUUGUAGGCUGCCCUCCAGAAAUAUUUGCGGCACCUCCUCUUCUAUCUUUUAGGCACCAAAUUAAGACGGUAUUAUUUACCUGGGCCUUUGGUGAGUUUUACAGAGCACUCUGUUAUUCCUGAUUCUUUCUUGUGUGUUGAAGUUUUAUUACUUUAUUUUUAAAAAAAGUUUUAUGAGGUUUUAUUGUCAUUUGCUGUGUUUGUAAGCCACCUUGAAGGUGGCUUCUUAUGGUGGGAAGGCAGAGUGCAUAUGUCACAGAGAAAGAAAGAAAAAAAACCAAUGCGAGUUCUAAGGAUUUCUGAUACACAAGGUUCUAUUAGAGCUGAUGUGCUUCCUGCUUGUCUGCCCAACAGGAUCAGUAUGGGAACUAUGUCAUCCAACAUGUACUUGAACAUGGGCGACCUGAAGAUAAAAGCAAGAUCGUGGCCGAAAUUAGAGGCAACGUGCUGGUCCUGAGUCAGCAUAAGUUUGCCAGGUAAUGUGUGUUCCUUGUGGUGUGUUUUUUUUAAACACGCGCAAACACGCACAACUCUAGAUUACACCAGAGGGUGUGGGGAGAAUCCAGCUUAGUGUACCAUUACAAAAACAAGAAUUGCGACAGAAACUAGAACAGGAUUUCUUAGUGUGAUGUGAGCAGAAUAGGAGACUUAAUUUCCAGUUGUUUACCAUAGCUGCUAAAUAGUGGCCAUUGUUAGCCAUGGUGCAAGCUUUCAUUGGAGUGUGUGUGUGUGUGUGUGUGUGUGUGUGUGUGUGUGUGUGUGAUAAAAUAAAAAGAACCUCUUGAAUAUAAAGCUUAUGUGUGGUCUUGGUUGAAGUUCUUAAUGGCUUAGUUCAGAUGGUAUCACCAAAAUGGCUUGGAGCUAUGAGAACAGAUUUGUGCAUGGUGAUUCCUUCCCUGCUUUCCUGGUUGAAGGUGCCUGGUGUGCACAUGUGCUGUGGCAUAAAGCAGUUGCUCUAGGAUGUAUAUACACCUCUUGUUUCCAGCCCUUUUGUGGAUGCAUCAAGUCUUUGCUACCCCUGCCUCUAAUGUCAGUGAGCUGACAUUAGCAAAUGCUACCGGCAGAUGCAUUUUGAUGAGCGAUAGGGAGACGAGAAACGACGUCUGCAUCCAGCUUCAGGCAUCCUAAAGACUAAAGUCAGCCUUGGCCAUUUCUAUUAUUUACCCAUUCUGCAUUCUCAUACAGCAGUGGGGAUGCUAGUGUCACCAUUCAAAUGUUAAAAUAUAUACUGUUGAUCCAGUAUAAAACUCCUCUCUGCUUUGGGAAGCAUGUGGUUGUUUUUUUGGGGUGCUAUGCUUGGGUAUUGCGGAUAACCUGUGGCCCUUUUGCCUUGCUGCAGCAACGUUGUGGAGAAGUGUGUUACGCACGCCUCCCGCACUGAGCGUGCCAUGCUGAUUGACGAGGUGUGUAGUAUGAACGAUGGCCCUCACAGUGCCUUAUACACCAUGAUGAAAGAUCAGUACGCCAACUAUGUGGUACAGAAAAUGAUUGAUGUGGCAGAGCCGGCCCAGAGGAAGAUUGUCAUGCACAAGGUAAGCGGCUGGCCUGGCCAGUUGUAGUGAACUGAGCAAAGCCGGGAGAGAGCAGGGGAGGUGAAGAAAGAGUCCUAACCAGCCAAGAGGCCUGGAGGACUCCACUCUCUUGUCCCAGGGAAGUAAAAGUUCUCACUGCUCUCUCUCCUGCUAGCAUUCUGUCUUUCUUUGUAGAUUUUACAUACACCUUUAACAAGGUGACUCGAGUCCUGAACUCUACAUAAAUUAAUACAAGGCAAGCAAAUUUCCACACAUUUGCUUAUUUUGCAUCAUUCUGCUUGUGCAUUGUCAUAAGGAGGGUGGGAGAAAAGCUAUUUAAUUCAAAAGCGCUGCAACUCUCAAGGGGCCGGGUGUUGCUUGUGUGUUAAUGCAAAUAAUAACAUUGUCUGGAAGAGCCACAAGGGCAAAGCCUCUACAGGUACUUAGAGCAACACAGGGCAGCUCUGGAGGAGACAGCUCAUACAGGUGCAUGGAAAGAUGGCCUUAUUCUGAGUGAUGAACAUUGGCAAACUAGUUUUUCCUCAGUUAUUUUUUCCUCUAAAUCACACUUAGUAGGUUGUCAGUAGCAGUAACUAGUGGGGAAAUUAGCAAUAAAUAACUACAGUAGUACAAGUGCGUUUUUUUAUUACACUUGCAUCUGAUGAAAUGAACUCUGGCCCAUAAUACAUUUGCUGCUGUCUAACAUGUCACAAGAUUUGUUGUUGUUGUUUUUAAUUCCAGAGGGAUAGUCUUUUACAGUGAACACACACAGAAGUCACCUUGCAGCACUGGUUUAUUGCUACAGAAGCCUUUUGUGGAUCUGAUGAAAUGGGUUCUAGACCUUGAAAGCUGACGCGGCAAUAAAUCAGUUGGUCUUUAAAGUGUCACAAGUGUGUUUAUGCAACCCCAGGCAUAUUAAUUGACUUUAAUGAGCACUUGAAACAUUUACAUAGCACUUGAGAAUGAACUAGGUUCAGGAAAUGUAGUAGCCAUAGUACACAUUUGGUGCAGAAGAAGGUUUUGUUGCAGAUUUAUUUGGAAUGCACAAUAGAAACAAAGGAUCCCCAACAAAUUUCCUCUUGUUUUUCUUCAGAGGCAUUGUGCCCCGAUUCAGUCUGCAAUCCACCCUGUAGGAAUUCGCUUUGCCAACAUUUCUCCGUUUCAGAAUAAUGUGUAGGGUUCAUCAUGACCUAUAGCUUUGGUUGCAGGAGUGGUCCUCUGCAUAUUACUCAGGAUUCAUGAGCAUCAUUUGCAUGGGUUGUUCCUAAACUCCUGUAACCCUCUUGUUACCCUCUAGAUCCGGCCCCACAUUGCCACUCUCCGCAAAUACACCUAUGGAAAACACAUCUUGGCAAAGCUGGAGAAGUACUACAUGAAAAACGGGGUUGACCUCGGGCCCAUUUGUGGACCACCAAAUGGUAUCAUCUGA